GCUUUGGGGCGUAACUAGAAAACCGAGCGAGGCUAUAAUUCUGGGCUGAGCCUUAAGGGUCUUUAAACUUUCGAAUUCCCCCAACGAGUAACUAUUUUCAUUCUGUGGUAGCAACAUCCUUGGCAAGUCUGACAACGAACCGCCGAACUUCCCAGGCUUCACGUCAUAGCGGGGAAAACAAAAACUCUGUGAGAGGAGAGAGGACAGAAUAAUUUCCUCGCAGCUUUUGCGCUUCCCAGCGCGAAGAGGAGGAGGCGGGCAGAGGUUCCCCUCGCGCGCCGCCGCAACCCCCUGAACCUCCCGCUCUCUCCGCCUCGACGGAUUCCUCCCCUCGAGGCCCCGCCCCGCGGACUCUCGCGGCGGCGUUCUUGGAAGCCUUAAUCGCUCCCUGGAAGAGGCUCUUCUUGGAGGGCGCGGACGCUGCGCGCUGCGAUGCUCUCGCCGCCCAGCCUUGGCCCGGGGCUCCUCGUGCUUUCUUCACUACUUGCCGGCGUCCUGAGUGAGUAGCUGGAGGGAAAGCGGGAGCCGCGACUCGACAGAGGGGAUUCCCCCUCCCCCGCCCCUUGGAGCCACUGGGAGCCAGCUAGGAGCGCCCACCAUCCUACCCAACUUCAAAUAUUGGUUCUUUAUACCGUAGGGAAGGAUUUCCUCUACUUGUGUGAGUGAGUGAGUGAGUGUGUGUGUGUGUGUGUGUGUGUGUGUGUGAUGGGCGCUCCUAGCUCCCAGUGGCUCAAAGGGGCAGGGAAACUUGGUACACACACCCACACCCCAUAUAUAAAUAUAUAUAUACAUAAACACCAGCCCCACACUUCAGCCUUCAGGUGUUGUAGAGCUACAACUCCCAUCAUCCCUGACCACUGGUCCUAGUAGCUAGGGAGGAUGGGAGUUGUAGUGCAACAUCUGGGGAUUCGAGUUUGAGAAAGGCACAUAUCUGCACACACACACACACACACACACAUACAUACACACACACACUUUUCUGCACCUGUUUAAAAACAUUCCUAUUUAGACAGACCUACCCAGCUGCUCAGAAAGUUGAGGUAAUGUUAAUCUGUUUUAGUAUUUUAACUUUUGUACAUUUUUAAAGUAGGGUUGUAAUUUUUUUCUUGCUUUUACUGUCCUUUGUAAACCACUUUGGGUGUUUUUACAAUCAAUCAGUGUAUAAAUUUUAUAAAAUAAACACACACACGUAGUAUAGUAUUUCAUCAUAUAGAAUCAUAGAAUGGUAGAGUUGGGAGGAGUCCUGAGGGUCAUCCAGUCCAUCCUCCUGCAAUGUGGGUAUGUGUGGGGGAGGGGAAGGUAGUAUUUCAUCAUAUAUGUCUGUUGUUUUAACUAUAUACAGUAAUUGGUAACUGGAUUUGAGUAAAUCUUACUCAGCAGCAUAAGUAGGAAUGCCAAGCGGAAACUAACAAGUACUAUUCUGAAUGAUGUUUGAAUGAACAAGCACAUUUUUAAUCUAGAAUGGAAUACUUUAUAGUUAAUACAGUCACUAAUAGUAUGAAUGGAGGGGUGGGGUAGGGAGAAAGAGACCAAAACAACUUCCCAGCCAAGUGGAUGUCAAGCCUGUUUCUACCUUUUAACUCCCCCGAUAUUUCGUUCCUUUGUUUUUAUUUGAUAUAAUUUGCCUCACCCAAAGAGCACAAAAGAAAGAAAGAAAGAAAAUACCAAAUUGUUUCAUAGAACUUAUAUACUUAUAGAACUUAAAGUCACCCUAACUGGAGUGGUACUUCUUGGUAGUAUGCUUCUGAAGGUCAGCUGGUGGAAAUUGCAGGAGGGGAGCUUGGCCAUUGUGAGAACAGGAUUCUGGACUAGGUGGAUCACUGGCCUGGUGCAACAGGCUUUUUCUUAAGUUGUUUUGUAUAUGGUGCAACUCAGGAAUAGGUGAAGUCCCAUUGACUGGGCCUUCUUAGAAUGUGAUAUUUAAAGAUGAUGUAUUACAUUUUCACCAAGUAAUUGGUUCUAAUAACACAAUAUCCAAAUAAUCAGCUUAAUCGAAAUAAUCUGCUGUUUAUGUUGUAAACUGCUUUGAGAGCCUGUUUGGCAGAAAAGUAUGGUGGAAAUGGAAAAAAAACCCUGUCAGUAGUUUGUUGUUUAACUCUUGAAGCACAUCUAAUUUGAUUGGAAUAAACUACCUCCCGCCUCCCCCCCAACCCCCCCCCCAACCACAACCAUAGGUAUCAGGGCUGAAAUAAGUGCUGGAAAUCAUGAUGACAAUUUUGCUCUCCAAUCCUCUUGAUUACUAGUGUUAGUGACCAAAAAAGAAAGCACAUUCCUAAAGCAAUUUCUACAAUUUCAAGUUGUUGUUGUUGUUGUUCUCAUCAUCAUUAAUUACACACCCUCUACCAACAGGUCCCUGGUUAGGUUACAAUUUAAAAUUCAAAACAGUUAAAACAGUUAACAAUCAAAGGAAUAGAGUGGGCCCCAGAAACACACAUCUCAAAGGUGGAGAGGUUCAUCUUCAGCUUUUGCCGAAAGCUGAAUAGUGAAGAAGCCAGACACAUAUCUGUGAGGAGGGAAUUCCACAGUUUAGAGGAUUCCACAGAGAAUACAAUCUUCUGGGCCGACACCCCCCCCCCCCCGAAUUCCGAGGGCUGUGAAACUCCCAAGAGCUUCCCCUCUGCUGAUCUUAACACCUGUGAGGUUCUGCAGGAAGGUCUUUCAGGCUAUGUGGGGCCUAAGUUAUUUAGGGCUUAAAACACUAAAGUGAGUACUAUACAGUGGUACCUCAGGUUACAUAUGCUUCAGGUUACAUACGCUUCAGGUUAAACACUCCGCUAACCCAGAAAUAGUGCUUCAGGUUAAAAACUUUGCUUCAGGAUGAGAACAGAAAUCGGGCUCCGGCGGCACGGCAGCAGCAGGAGGCCCCAUUAGCUAAAGUGGUGCUUCAGGUUAAGAACAGUUUCAGGUUAAGAACGGACCUCCGGAACGAAUUAAAUACUUAACCUGAGGUACCACUGUAAAUUGAACCCAGAAAUGAACUGGCAGUCAAUGCAGCUCUUUUGGUACAGGGCCUAUGUGAGGUGAUGUUCAGAGGUUAUUUUAAUAUAAUCCAGUUUGAGGCAGUACAUGGUUCUGGGGCAGUUAGCUUAGCACAGUAUUUAAGUGUGCUCUGUACCAUUCUGUUCAAAAAGACAGUGAAUUAUUAUUAUUAUUUAAAAUUAUUCAUCUUUUUUUACCAAGGUAAUUCAAAGCAACUUUCAAUAUAUGUACAUACAAACACAUACAUUGAAACCAGCAUAAAAGAAAAGAAAAAACAAAGACCCUAAAGGAAAAUCCUAUUUUUUAAAAGGCAGGAUUAAAACAUUCCACCCACUCAAGGCCAAAGAUAAUUAAAAGGCAAAAGCCUGGUUAAAAAUGAUUUUAUAUAAUGUUGGUGCCAGAACAUUCCACAAACAGGGAGUCACCACUGAAAAGGUCCAUUCUCACAUUGCCACCCUCCAGAUCUUCCAAGUGACGAAAGCCAGGUCCAGAGUGCUUUACAGGGAGAGGUGGUCUUUGAGGUAUUGGGGUCCUGAACUGCAUAAGACUUUAUAGGUCAAAAGCAGCACUUUGAAUUGGGCUUGGAAACUUAACUGGUAACCAGUGUAGUCAGGCCAGGAUUGGUGUUAUGUGCUCAAGCCGUCUUGCCCUAUUGAGCAAUCUGACCACUGAAUUCUGCACCAACUAUGAUUUCUGAAUCACCUUCCAUAGCAGUCCUAUGUGCAGUGAUCUAACGUAGACAAAAGAAGAUAGGCUGUCCCUGCCCAAAUAAGAGUAUAGUUGGGCCUGGGCCGCCAUCUGAAGCUGAUGAAGGGGAGGGCACUUUGCACCACCAGGGCCACGACAGUGAUGGAUCCAGAAGUACUCCCAAACUAUUACCUGCUUGUUUGGAGGGAAUGUAAUGCCAUCAAGAGGCGGCUUCCCCCCAUCCAUCCAGUCUAGGGAACCACCCACAAACUCCAUCUUAUCUGGAUUGAGCUUUGCUAAGCAUGGGCAUGAGACUGCUCAGCCGGAAAUCAGCUUUUUAUCAGAAAGCAGUGAUAAGUUAAUUGCUGAAAAAGCAGUUGCCUCUACAACAGCUGCCACAAAGAACUUGCAGGGACUUUUCAAGUACCAGUGCUGUGUGAAUAUAAAAUGGAAGAAUGGUAUAAAGAGGUGUGGGAUAUAGCUAUUAAUGAUAAAUUAACAUGUGCUAUUAAGGUAAGGUGGGGAAUAUACAGGAGAAAUGGUUCUGAUGAGAUAUGGAAGGUAUUUGUAGAAUUUGCACUGUUAAAAAGGAAAGGGGUCAGACUAUCACAUUUUUAUUUUUAUUUGUUUAUUAUUCUUACUUUGUUAAAAUUAGAAAUAAAUAAAAUUAAAUUUAAAAAACAGUUGCAUCUACAACAGCUGCCACAAAGAACUUGCAGGGACUUUUCAAGUACCGGUGCUGUGUGCUAGUGGUGAGUUUAAAUUAUGGGAAGUAUCCAACAAAAUAGUUCCAUUAGCCCAAGCAUUUCUGCUUGCACGGUGUAAUGGAACAUCCUCUCCUUUUCCUCUCCCUGUAUGCUCCCUAAAUAUGCUCCAUAAAGGAAGAACCCUAAACUACUUUAGGAGGUGUGCAGGGAGAGAGAAAGGGGAAGUUAUAUUGCGGAACCAGAAGUCCUUCUGCUAUCUGAGUGACUUCAUUGGAUACUGCCCGUUGACUUAGAGAUAUUUUUGUUACUGCUGUAUGUUUAGUCACAUCCUUCCAAUGAUUCAGCAUUGCAAGCUGAAGAAGAACUUUUAUAACUGUUGAGGGGAAAGAGUAUAUGUAAUUAUGCAUACUCAAGCACAGCCCACUAGUGACAUCCUCGUGUGAUUUAUAUCCUUAAAGAAUACUCCUUCAAAAGCUGUGAGAACAAAGUUCUGAUAUGCCUAAUUUGGUGUAUUGAAAUUUGGCCAAGAUGCCUAAUGCUUGGAUACUGUGUGUGAGAGAGAGCAUGUAGAGUAGGGAAGAAGUGGCACUGAGACAGUGUUCUGGUUGGAUACAAAUGUUUGGCCAAUAUGAGUAACCUUGGCAAUGGCCUCUUGCGCAUCUGCAAAGCUGACAACACUUGUAAACACUUGGUGGUUAGGAGUGGCUAUUUCCACUGUGAUAAUGGGAUGCUGCACUAGAUGUCUCACUGAGCUGAUCCAGCAAGACUAUUUUUAGGUUCUUACAGCUUUUGCCAAAUGCUGAUUCCUGGCCUUUGGCAUGCCCCAGUAUGCUCUGGAGGGUCUCCUAUCCCUACAGACCUGAUUUUGAGGGCAUGCAGGGGGCUGGAGGUGACAGGAAAAUAGAGUUAAUUUUGAUGUGCACAUGGGAACCUGUUGUGUAGGCAGAGCAGCACUGUUGGAUAAAUAAGGUUUGUGGUGAGCCCUGUGAUGCUUGGCUGGUAAUGCUGCAAUCAUAUAUGUUAGUGUAACGCUCUUGUCUCCACGUUUCUCCCAGCUGCAAUAACAAAAUUACUUAUUAAAAAGCUCCGUGGCUUUUCUGUAAAUAUUGUGAGCACAGGAAACACGAUUUUGCUAACUCUUGUUUUCUUUUCUUCUCCUCCCCCUCCCAGCUUUUUAAAAGUUCAAUUUGCAAGCAUCUUAAAUGUGGGUUAAGUGUAGCAUUGUGCCAACAGCUGGUUCCUGGGCACGCUGGUGGUUUGUCAUUCUUGUCUCACCACAAGCUGACAUGGCAUUUUGCUGUCUGAGGCAAAGAUCUGGCUAGCUUCCUACAUUAUUCCAUGCCCAAAAGCUCACUGGACUAGCAGCUGAUAUUCAACAGGUUCCAUCACAGCGCCGAGGGAAGUUGGUAGCCUUAGAGGGGCAGAGGCAUACAUAGGCAGUUCUUUCCUCCAACACUUUUAAGACUGUAAGCCCAUUCCAUCCCCAGGGCUGAAAGUGUGCACAGAAUGGUCACCUGUAUACAACGCAGCAGCAAUUUUAUUUAUUUAUCAAAAGUAUUUAUAAUCCACCCUUCACCUAAAGGCCUCUUCAAAAUCAAAAACUUCAAAAUCAGACUUCACCAUAAAUCUAAAAAAGCAUAAAACAACCCAAUACAAAACCCUAAACAAAGACUGAAAAGCAGCACCACCAACCAAAAUACACAAAUCCCUUGCACACUUUCCCCCUCCACAAGGACAUAGGCGAAGAGCUGUAUUGCCAUCAAAAUGAAAGCAAUGUGGUGGUGAGACACACCUCAGAAGAGAGGGUAAAGGAGAGAACGCCCCACCAUGGGCCCCUGCACCACAGUGCUUAUUAGGCAUGGGAACCGCCAGCAAGGUUUCCCUGGCAGAUCUGGAAACUAUGGUAGGUCGGUAUGGCAGCAGAAUAACAUGCACACAAAUGUAAUGCUUGCUAAAGUGCAUGUCCUGGGCUGGCUGCCAUUCUGCCUGCUCACUCAAACGGAGGACUUUCCCAGCACUACUGCCUAUGACAUAUUGGGAGGUGACCAGAUGAGAAAACCGGCUAAUCCUGCCCAACUCAGAAACAAGCAAGUUUCAUUGCCAGUUCAGGAGAUUGGAAAAAGCUAAAUAAAUGUAGGUAUUGAGGGUGGGAACUAAUAAAAACCACAGGAAGCAGCUACCUUACUUUGCCUAAUAGUAAGGUCAGCUUUGCCUGAUCUGUUUGGUUUUUUUAUUCUUACAGCUAUUGCAGGCUAAAAUAGAGAAUUAGAUUGGCUGAGAGUCUUGGGAUCAAUGACUCUAUGCUAGUUCAUUUCCCCUUUGCUAAAUAGGAACUGUCUCAGGUUUGGGAAGAUGGAUGGGUGAGAUACUGGUUGUUAAAAGGUUUGUGCAUUUAAGGUGUUUUAUAAGUGCUUGAUCAUCCUUGCAAUAUACAUCUAAAACAAAAUACAGCAUUCUGCAUGAAAGCUGAAUGAAACUGAACAAGGUAAUGAUGUGUGUUUCUGCCAGUUCUCAAGGUAAAUCCAUAGUAAUAUUUUUUGAAUACAAUACCAGCAAUGCAUUGAUUUAAAAGCAAUAUUUUCUGCAUAUCAUAGGUGAUUGUGGCCCUCCACCAGUCAUUCGCAAUGGAGUCCCUCAUAAGAAUAUUGAGGGCGCAUCUUUCCCUCCAGGCUCAACGGUAAUUUACAAGUGUCUGGGCAACUUUUUUAAUGUCUAUGGAAAAGUAGAUGUUGUAACAUGUCUUCCAGAUUCAAAGUGGUCACACAUAGAACAGUUUUGUGUGGGUAAGUGUUUAUUUUUUAAAUGUACCUAUCCUUGACAUAUUGUUAUGGGGGGGAAAGAGGGGGUUGUUUUUGGCUUUUUAAAUGGAGAGCCAGUGUGGUGUAGUGGUUAAGAGCGGUAGUCUCCUAAUCUGGGGAACCGGGUUCGCGUCUCCGCUCCUCCACAUGCAGCUGCUGGGUGACCUUGGGCCAGUCACACUUCUCUGAAGUCUCUCAGCCCCACUCACCUCACAGAGUGUUUGUUGUGGGGGAGGAAGGGAAAGGAGAAUGUUAGCCGCUUUGAGACUCCUGAAGGGGAGUGAAAGGCGGGAUAUCAAAUCCAAACUCUUCUUCUUCUUCUUCUAUUUUUUAAAUGUACCUAUCCUUGACAUAUUGUUAUGGGGGGGAAAGAGGGGGUUGUUUUUGGCUUUUUAAAUGACUAUUCGUUUUAGAAUCAAGGGUGACAUCUUGUUUAAUUCAUGUAUUGAUGGAUUGUAAGCAAAUGUUUUAUAUCCCAUUGUUCUACAGGUUCUCAGGGUGUCUUACAAUUGCAUUGCUGCCGCCGUUUCCCCUGCCUCUGCCACCGACCGCUGCUGCUGUGGCAGACGCAGUAGUGGCUCCCACUUUGGCCGUGCCAGCCGCAGCCAUGCCGCAGCCUGGCUGGCAGGAGAUUUGCUUGGUCCACCACCAAGCUUGGUGAGCUGGGCUAGGCGCUUGGGCGUCUCCCAGUUGUGCACGUGUGCGAUGUCACAGGUGCUCAUUACAUCCCGUGCAAGUGACGUCACAGGCGUGCCCCACGCUUGUGAUGUCACAGGUGUGUGGCACAGCACUGAGCCCCUCCAAUACUGGGCCCAAAGUGGCUCCUCUUGUCACCCUCCCUCACUUUCAGGGAGGGAGGAAGUUAGGGUUAUUUCCUGGACCUAAGUUAGUUGGAUACAACCCCUUAUUGUGUAUGCCCUCCAAAAUAUUCUGCAUGAGGUUUUGCUGGAGCAGAUAUGCCUAACAUUAUGAAAUAAUUAAACGGAAUGUGAUAUGCAGUCCUGGACUCUUUAAAAAGCAGUUAAACAGUGUCCAAGCUGAUCUCUGCAAUCCGCCUUCCCAGAGGUUUGCUUUCCCCGAUAAUGAUGGAUGGAGGUUUCUUCAGAACAUCUGAAGUUUGUUCUCUGACUUCCUCCUAAUCAGAGAGUGGGGUUCGGCUGUCAGAUUGAGACCUGACUGCCUUAAAUAACUGCAGCUGAAUAUUAUUAUAUUUUAUGUAAAAAAUAAAUAAAUAAAAAUAUAAAAAACUGGCAGGUAAAACCACAUUUUCCUAAAAUUCAGCUAAGACUCCUUGGAGUGACUCUCAGCUCCUCAUUGAAAUGGCAGAGUAAUACCAGCAGCCCACAAAUGGCUCAGCAAUCAGGAAGGUAUUUAUCUGGCAGCAAAAUUCCGACAGUGCCAGUUGCCUGCAUUUGUCACGUAAUGCAGUAUUGCAAUCAAAAGGUUCAAAAAUCAAAAGGAAAAGUCUCUUUCUCUGUCAAAUCCUUCCCAGCAUAUUUCCCCAUUCUUUUGUCUGCUUUUGUUGCCAGGCAGUUGCAUGAGCCCACCAAGGUCCGCAUUUGCUCAAGUAAAGAAAGGGCAAAGGAAGGAUUACUAUAUUGCCAACACCACUGUGGCCUAUAUCUGCCGCCAAGGUUACGACACUAUCCCUGAAAUAACUCCUGUUAUUACUUGUCGUGAGAAUUACACUUGGACAGAAAUCCCAGCUUUUUGUAAAGGUCAGUAUCUUGUUGCAGUUAACUUCAAGAUCACACAGUUGAAAUCUUGUUUUCAUCUGUAAUAUGUUUAGAAGAGUAUGAUACUGUACUGCCGUACCUCAGAAUUUGAAUAGAAUACAUUCCAGAAGUCCGUUCAACUUCUGAAACGUUCAACUUCCAAAGUGAAGCUUCUGAUUGGCUGCAGGAAGCUCCUAGCCCUCAGAGCAGGAGAAAAUAAACUUGCUUCAUCCUCUGUGUGGCAUGACAGCCCUUUAGAUAUUUGAAUACAGCUAUCAUAUCUCCUCUCAGUCUCUCUUUUCCAGGCUAAACAUACCCAACUCCCUGAACUGUUCCUCAUAAGGCAUGGUUUCCUGACCCUUGAUAAUCUUGGCUACCCUCCUCUGCAAACAUUGCAGCUUGUCAAUGUCUUCCUUAAAUGUUGGUGCCCCGAACCAGACACAGUACUCCAGGUGUGGUCAGACUGUUACUUCUGUUGAUGUAGCCAAGAAUACCAUUAGCUUUUUUUGCUGCUGCAUCACACUGCUGACUCGUGUUAAGCUUGUGGUAUACUAGAUCCUAGAUCUUUUUCACAUGUAAUUUUCAAUUAACCACAGUAUACUAUGUAACAAGGACCCAUAAUCUAACCUUGACUAUGGUUACUUUCAGCAAGGUAGGAUAACCUAUAGUUGGUACAAGACACUGCAAACUGCAGGCCAGCUGUUGUGGUGGUGGAGUGUGUGAGCCUGUUUGCUUCAGCAUAUUCAUGCACCACUAAAGCAUUGUUUACUGUCUUAAUGUGAUGUAUGGAUAUAACCACAGACUUGAAAUACAUUUAAUUUGCUUUUGAUUUGGCUGGAACAACAACAGCCUUUUAACAAUAGCAGUUCCAUGAUCUGUCAAGCAAUUGAGCAUGCUUAAAGCCAUUAAUUUCAAUGGACUUUUAAUAUCUAAAAGCAUUGCGUAUUUUUUGUCACCCACCUCCAAACCCUGCAUCAGCAUUCUUGUUAAUUUCUUCUCACUUAAAAGGCAACUUUUCUAAUACUGUAAGGGGCUGCUUCUUGAAAACAUAGGCAGAUCAUAAGCUUUCUUAGUUACCCUUUGAACCUGGGGCAGAAUAUUUGAUGAAUCAAAUUGUCAAUGAAUGCCAUAUCCAUGUAAUCCUAAUAUGCUAAUUCUCACCUUUCUGUAGGAAAAUCAUGUGGUGAUCCAGGAAAACCAGAACAUGGUGAUGCUGUUAUUCUAACUAAUCUCCUGUAUUUGGCAAAAGUAAAUUUCACAUGUGAAGAUGGGUGCGUGUUGACUUGGCUCUGUUAGCAAGUCUUAAUUAAGACAUAAAAUUUAAUGGGUGAAUUCUGGAGAACAAAUCUAUAGUUUACCUUUUUUUAAAAAACCCAACAACCAAUAACCUAAGAGUUGAGGCAAUCAUGCCAAUAGUACUUUCUUAAAAUAAACUUCAGAGAAGCUAAGCACAGCUCUCUCCCAUAAAUUUUAUGGUAGUAAGUAUGAUACGUUCCUAUUUAUUCUGAGAGGAUGAAGUUUUUUCUCAGUAAACUGAAAUAAGCAAACCAAAUGUGGUGAAUUGCGAAAUAAACCAGCUCUGAAUUUCCUCGUCAACUAUUUCACAAAGGACCUCGCAGGAAGAAUGCAAUAAAAUACCUUCCACAAGUGUUGAAUAGGCUACAUUCUUCAAGUGGAAAGUAAUGCUCUCCUCUACCCACUUUUUAAAAAAGUUGCUAUUCUGAAGAAUUUAGGCACCUAGAGUUUGAGAUAGAUCAAAGAGAAACUGUUGUUAAUCUAACAGAGUUAAGGGUUCUUGGCCCUGCCUUAUUCCUGUGUUGGGUUUAUUUUGCAAAUUUAUUAUCAGAUGAUUAAUGCUAAAUUGUAUAAGAUUUACUGUAUGGUUUUUUUUUUACAUAUCAUUACUUGACAGAGACAGCAUCAGGUUUUGGGAGACCUUCAGCCAACUUUAAUAGGUCUCAUAAUUGUCCAGGAGUGGCAGAGCAUUGCCUGAUGAUACAGAGGGUAGCAGAGGGAAGCAGGAUAUCAGAAGCACUUGCUCUGUAACAAGGAAUUCUAUGAUGAACCAUGCAUGGGCCCAUUUGCACUGUCCAUCUAAAGCAGUGUAAGUCCUGGAAACCAUGGUUUGUUAAGGAUUCUGAGCAUUGUUAGGAGACCCCUUUCAAAGAGCUACAAUUCUCAGAGUGGUUUAAUAAUCAAUUCCUCUUCCUAAGGGAACUCUGGGAACUGUAGCUCACAAUAACGUUUAUAAACAAAGAUGGUAGAACCUUCAUUUAUGGAGAAUAAUAGGGAAAAAACAUUUAAACUGCAAUGCAGAGACAAUAAAAAUCUCUCUGUUAGGAUGCACAGCUAACUUCUUUGAUAUCGGUAAAGUGCAUGCUUCAAAAUUAUGAGUUAUUAAAGAAACCGCUGAAGAAUUAUGUAUAAAGGUGCACCUUGUACUUUUCCUUUUAUUUAGGUACACGUUAAAUGGAUCACCUACUAUUCAGUGUCAGUGGAAGAAAGAUCAUGUUGAAUGGAGCCAGAAGCCUCCAGAAUGUCAACGUAAGAUUCUCUUGUGACAGAUACCAGAUUAAUUAGGAUUGACCACCUUAUAUUGUGCCACCUAACAGCAACUAAAGUCUCCAAGGGGAGCCAAGGAAAAGCCAUUAUUCUUCAUAGAAAAAAAUGCCAAUAGACUCUCAUAUCUGCAGUAAGAAUAUGAGGAUGCCAGGAAGUAUUGCAGAGGGAAACCCUUCUAGCUGGCAUGCUCAUCUUCUCUGGUACAGAGUUGUUGUUUAUGUAUAUGGCGUGCGUCUGUAUAUGCUUGAUAACCACAGAGAGUUUUAAUUGCAUCACUCAUGUCAUAGGCCAUAGAAACUGACAGCCCUCCGUUACACUAGAUUAAGGAGUAGCAAAAGCUUUAAAUUGUAAUGUUUUAUAAGAGCGAGAACUAAAUAUGCCUGUAUGUGCCUCUUAUACAGGGCUAAUUGAGAAACCCACAGAAGAUGGUACAAACACAACAGGUUAGAAACAAAUUAUUUAAUUGCAAUAGCUUGUGUGGUCAACACAGAAUUUUUAAAUUAGGUUUUAUUGGGAUUAUGUUGUUAUUUUUGCUUUUUCUGCAGUUUGUUCUAAAAGCUGUUAAUUCAUUUGAGAGUUUUGAUUAUUACCAUUUAAAGCAAAAACUUUAAAUCCAUCUGCAUGUGCCUCUUAUACAGGGCAAGCUGUGCCACCAUCAGGAGGCAGUGCUACAAAUAAUACAGGUUGGGAAACUUUUUUUUCAUUUCAGUAGCUAGCAUUGUAAUCGCUUGUGGUACUAGUGGUUAAUUCAGAGCUUUUAUUAGGAUUUCAGAAUGUUCUGUUCUUUUUGUCUUGUCCUGCAAUGUAAUUAUUUGAAUACCUGUUAACUCCUUGGAGAACUUUGAUUUUUACCGUGUCCGUAGUGUUGGCAUCUGAUCUGUCUGUCUAUCUAUCUAUCAGAUUUAGCAUAGUGCGCCCUACAAACCAGCUCAAUAUGUGGCUUGUUGCUCAGAAACAAAAAAGAAGCUGUAAUGAGGGUUCAAGCAUAGGCUAAGCCUUUAAACAGUGGUGUACCUAGGGUCCCUUGCAGCAUUGGCAUCCAUCCCCAACAAAAACACUUUACAGCUAUAGCCACAUUAGAAACUACUACAUUUUACACAACCCAAGUACUCAAAGCAUCCAGAGUGAGGGGAGAAGGGUGGAAAAAAUCUCAUGCCUUUGUGCCGCAGUGUGAGAAGGAUGGGAAGCUUCUUCUGCAUUUGAUCUUGCUGCAACAGCGGUGUCUAGGUCUCUUAGAAUUUCUGUGCGAUGCUGGGCAUGAGGCUGCUAGUUGUUAAUAAUCAUGUGAUAUUGUUUGAUUUAUUCUGUUUUCGGUUUUUAUUAACCUGUCUAUUUAAUGUCUAUUGCGUGCAGCCCUGGGACCCUUGGGUGAAUGGUGGAAUAUAAAUUAAAUAAAGUAGAAGGCUGAGUUUUACUUUUGGAUUCCUCUUAAGAGCUUGAUUAUGCUUUUCUUUUCCUUUUUUAAUUUUUUUAAAAGGAGUGGAAGAGUAUUUACACAGCUAGUGAGAUUACCUUUUCCCACCGUUGGUGAUGAAUGUAAAGGUAUGUAGGGUGCAAGAGAGAUUUCAUUUGGGUGCUAAUGCAUUUACCAGUGGGUGGCAUAUGGCUUCAUGCAUGGUGCUUUUUCUCCUCAGGGUUCAGCAUUGCAAAAUAAUAGGGCUUUGGGUGAUUUGACUAUAUUAGGAACCAAGUGGAAAGUAGUGCAUGUGCAUAUUCUCAAGAUCCCAGGUCUGCUGAAUAAAGUGUGGAGCUACCCUUCCAGCCUAGAUUAAUGAAGGCCAAGUGUACACCACAACUUUGUCUUGGUGACUAACCCUCUGCUUAGUAUACCUUCUGGAGCAAAAUGAAGGCUUUGGAGUCAAGGUGCUAGGGAAAUAAUUUGAAAUCAUAGUAUUUUAGUUGCUUUUGUGACUUGUAUCGUAUGUUAUUAGGAGUAUUUAUUCAUGUUUCCCAUUUGCUACCCUCUUUGCUAAAAUUCUUCCACACAUCUUUGAAUCUACUAGAGUGAAGUUCUUGAGAUGAAUUAACUAAGACUACUGAACAUAGAUUAAGGUUUUGAUGUGUAGUUCACUGGUGUAUUCAAUGUGUAGUGCUAUGUAUAAUGAUUGGGGAACUGCACCUGGUGUUUGGAUGUAGUGUUAGGGAAUAUCCAUGCUCAAUGCCUCAUCAGUUUUCAAAAUCUGAGGUUUUGUCUACAUGUUAUUUGGUUCCAAUGUGGUUGGUUGGCUGCCCUUGCACUGUGUUCCAAUGACAGAAGCAAUAAUGUGCAUUGAUUUUGGGGUUUCUUUUACAUUGUUUCCUUUACAUUGACAUAUCAGUGAAAGUGGUUUCAAAUACAAGCUUUAUACCUGUGAUCGUAUUGUUCAGAGGCUGUAGCUGCAUACUAAUUUCAUUUCCAGCUUAUUGUACUUUGUAGUAAGGCUGUGUUACCAAGCACUUUGAUACACUUGUUUUCUGUGUUUGCAUUUGUGUGUGUGUGUACGUGUGUGUACUACACCAGAGAACGCAACUGGCACAUCAUUAAAUAUAUUAAAAUGCUUUUGGAAGGACAAUCUAUUGAGGCACUACAGAGAGUGGUUUUAAAGAGAGAUCAAUGGUGAUAGAUGCUCCUUAGUCUGGAAUGCGGAUUAAAUUGGACUUCUCCAUGUGCAGACACCAGAUCCUCUGACAAACUCCUGCAAUCCUUGUUCUCCCCAGUAACAAUCUCUCUCUCUCUCUCUCUCUCUCUCUCUCUGUGUGUGUGUUUGUGUGUGUAUAUAUUACUAUAUACAUAAAAAUGGAACACUGUCAUCAUGGUGUGGCUUACGCCAAAAGGAGGAGGAGAAGGUUAGACAAACCUCUCUCUGGAGUGCCCUCCCCAAUUAAACCCGCCUGCAGUGAGGUUUAAUGGAGAAGGGAGGCAUGUCAGAUACUGGUUUGCCAAAUGGUUCUCUGAAGCGCCUCCUUUAAAAGGGGGUGGGGCUUAGAGUGAGGGACGGGCACACUAUGAGGGUAUAAGCAAGGGGGUUGGUCAGGUGUGGGGGAAGUGGGGUUGGCAAAGGGUUUGAGUGAGCAGAGGCGGCAACCGAGAGAGAGCGCGUGUAUGUGUGUAUAUGUAUAUAAGAUCUUGUAUAUAAGAUCUAUAUUAUAUGUGUGUGUAUUCUCUCUAAAGUGACACUGCCCAUGUCUACUGCUUUGAAUCAGUAAGUCAGGAUCAGCUUAUAGCAGAUUUGGUCCUAUAAUGAAUGAUAUCUCCUUAAGUAACAUGUCCCUGCAUUACCCAUGGCCUUUGAAAAACAUUUCUUUUUUAUUUUAUUUUAUUUUAAGGACCACAACUUCGAACUCUACUUUAUAUUUGUAAGUUAUCUUAUUAUGCAUUUGUUUGACUCUAAUCAGGCAUUUCUUUAACUAUGAUUGAAAUACUUUACAAAUAGUACUGUAAGUUAUUAUGUGUUCCUCUGAUUUUCUUUUCCCACUAGUGUGAGAAAGUGAAACAUUACUGAAUAGCGCAGUAUGAACACACUGUUUCAUAAGAGGAAAAUCCAUAACAAGGAGUCAUAUGGUAGCCACCGCCAAUAAAUUAUGUGGAUACUCCCUCCCUCUCCCAAAUUAUGUGGCUAUUGCGCCAUAGUGAAAUGGCAUCUGAAUGUAGUCACUCAAGAAUGUAGAGUAAGACCAAGGCAGCAUAGAAGCCAACUGCUAGGGGCCAUGGGAGUUUCGGCCCCCACAAUAAAAUAUUUGAUGGGGCCAGGCCCCUGCAAAGUUGAUGUCAAUUCCCAUUCAAAUGGUGUGUGUGCGCACUGCAUCAUGUGAUCAGUUAUGCAGGGCAGGGCUUACCUGGGCCCCCACAAUAUAUUAUUCAAGUUGGCACCCCUGCAAGGCCAUGGUUCCCUCAAAAUGUCGAUGAGCUGCAGCUUCAGUCAUCCCUUACCAUUGGCAAUGGUGGCUGGGGUUGAUGGAAGCCAGAGUCCAAUAAGAUCUGGAGGGCAUCACCUUGACUAUCCCGAUAUAGAAUCUCAGACUUUUCAUAAUAUCACAGAGAACAAUUUACAUUUGUAGCGAAAAUCUGUGGAUCUAUAUAGUGAAUGCAUACACACAAAUGCUUUCAUCUCUGUAGGGGCUUGAAUUGAAAGCAAAGUGUAAACUUUGCCACUUAGUAAUGAUAAUAUUCUGGUUAUUUUCCUUUUCAAUAUUAUUGUUUUCUAUUUAGAUUAGGGACUGGGCAUUCUAGGUUUGUCCCCACCUUUUUAACAGAGGAUAAGUUUGUAUGGGAUGUGGGUGGUUCUGUGGGUUAAACCACAGAACCUAAGGCUUGCUGAUCAAAAGGUUGGCAGUUCGAAUCCCCACGACGGGGUGAGCUCCCGUUGCUUGGUCCCUGCUCCUGCCAACCUAGCAGUUUGAAAGCACAUCAAAGUGCAAGUAGAUAAAUAGGUACUGCUCUGGUGGGAAGGUAAAUGGCAUUUCCGUGCACUGCUCUGGUUCAUGAUCCAGAAGCUGUACGCCGGCUUCCUCAGCCAGUAAAGCGAGAUGAGCACCGCAACCCCAGAGUCGUCUGCGACUGGACCUAAUGGUCAGGGGUCCCUUUACCUUUACCUUUAAUGUUGUAUGUACUAUUAAACCAUGGUUUAGCAUUACAAGGACAAGCUGCAGUGAGCCCAGGCUUGCAUGCUCCUCCUCCCCAAUUUGUUGCCUGAGAUUAGUGCUGCUAAUUAAAUUAGUGCUAUAUAGCACUUGCGUUGUGGUAAUACUUCAUUUAUAGUUUCCAUCACCUUCUUUUCUCCCCCAUCUCUCAGCACUUCUGGUUGUGGCAUUUCUUCUUACUGUUGGUAUUUUUUUCCUAAAGAAAGUUUUUGAAAAGAGAAGAAGGUAAGCUGGUCAUAAAUUCUUGUUUAGCACAAUAUUCAUAUCCAACCCAUUGCCAGUUUCUUCUCUGUAGCACCUUUGUUCAGUCAUGUCUUGUGUCAGGGUCACAUCUGGGGAGGGAUGGUGUGUACAACAAAACAAAACUUGACUCCCCCCUUCUUCUGAGCAUCCUUACUGUUUCUAGACCUGAUGCAGCAAGUGUUCCAAGUUCUUUGCCUUGCUUACCAGGCUCUGGGAUGCUUUGUGAAAUCUUGUGGGGCCAUCUGAGUUUUCACAAGAACUCACAAGACUCUCCCGGAGCCCAGUAAGCAAGUCUGAGAGCUUAAAAGCUCUUUCCACACCAGGAAAACUAUGCACAAAAGGAGCUUUUAAGCUCUGCCUUUCAUGCAUUUGAUUUGUUUUAUUUCAACUGGCCGUCCUUCAACCACGUAAAGCUGAAAUCACACAUGUCAAAUGCCUGGGAGUUGCAAUCGUACUUUUUUUUUAUCUGUUCUUAUGCAUUUGUAGACGCUUUAGGGUUUCUUCUUCUUCUUACAAGCAUGUAGAAAGCAGGGGGUGGAGAACAGCUUGUAGCCACUCAUUGUAAUAGUAUUCUUAAAUCCAACAUACUGUACGGGAUACAUUGGAAUACAUUCCCUGACCUAGAGAUGAGAAUAACUCAUCCUCUGCAAAAAAUAGUGUUUACACAACACAGCAGAGAGGUACGUAUUUGAAACCUGGCAAAUAAAAGGUUAGGCUGCAAUGUAAACACCUUAUUUAGGGAGUAAGGACCACUGCCGAUUGUGAAACUUUCUUCUGAGUAAGCAUGUAUAGCGCUGUGCUCUUAGUCAUUCUUCUUCUUUAUAUGCCUGCCUCUUUCUUUUGCUUGUUCAGCCACUUGAAUCAAGGAACUUUAAACCAUGCAGUCUUAUGAAAUAUGGUCUGCAGAAAUAGGAAACAGCACAGCUGACUUUAGCAUCAAAAGGUAUUAUUUUUAAAGUCAUUUUAAUGUUGAAAAUUAAAUUAAGUAGCAGUUGUGACUUUGGGAGGGAGAAGGGAUUCUCUUUGUUCUCCUGACUCUGGAAUCAUACAUGCUCCUGUACCUCUACCCUUCCGAAAAUAGUUAUGGGGAUUACAGUACAGUAUAUCUAUGCUGCCUUUAUACUUGGCAAGCUGGCUGAUUCUCAUGCAGAUUUUCACAAAGAGAUAUGAUUGCUUAACAUAGGAGGGACGGGUGGCUGAGCAAAGAAGCUUGAAGAGCAUAAAUUUUUUACACACAUUUUCUUGCAUGGCGAGUUUUCGUUUCAAGCCUCCUGAAGAAGACAUUCAUAGAAUAAAUCAAGUCAAGUUCAUUAAUAGUCCACAUAUCUUAAAAGAACAAAUAUUUUAUUUCAUUCAGCUGAGUUUAUUUCAUUUAAAAGAAACUAAAAAAUAUAUAAGAAAGCGCAAUAAAAGUAUAUUUUUAAAGGAUUGGGACAAAAUUGAAACCAGUGCCUCUUAAUAGUUAUGUAAAAAGUUGUUCCCAGAUAUUUAUAACUUGAUAUACAGACUUCACAACUGAUUUAGGGUGCUUCCAGAUAGGGCUUGCCGAUUGGAAGGUCGGCAGUUCAAAUCCCCGCAACGGAAUGAGCUCCCAUUGUUCUGUCCCAGCUCCUGCCAACCUAGCAAUUCGAAAGCAUGCCAGUGCAAGUAGAUAAAUAGGUACCACUGUGGCAGGAAGGUAAAUGGCGUUUCCAUGUACUCUGGUUUCCGUCACGGUGUUCCGUUGUGCCAGAAGCAAUUUAGUCAUGCUGGUCACAUGACCCAGAAAGCUGUCUGUGGACAAAGGCAGCUCCCUUGGCCUGAAAGUGAGAUGAGUGCCACAACCCCAUAGUCACCUUUGACUGAACUUAACCAUCCAGGGGUCCUUUACCUUUUAUCUUACCUAAUAUUGUAAAACUGGUCGUGACAUAGCACAAAUGGGUUACUGUACUAAAAAAAGUAAUCCUUUUUUUCCUGGGAGGGGAAACCAGGCUAAAUGGAGGGAAAUGUGUUCUAGCUAGCAUUUUUUUGCCAACCACUAGAAGCACAGAGUUACCUAAGUGUGUUAGAUAUGACCAUUGUUGAAUGAAUAAAUCCCGGUUUCCUCCUAUAGAGGGCACAUGCUAUCUUUUAUGUUCUCUAAUUGUACUGCUUUUUAAAUAUGAGGAACUUAAUGUUUCCGUUGGUGCAGCCUGUUUCAGCGAAAAGAAAAGAAAACUUGUUGCCACAUAAAUAACACAUUUUUCGCACGAGCCUGUUUACAUUAAACCUGUUUUUUUGGUGAUAUAAAAAAAUUCUAUAGUUGCAGGUUAUACAUUUAUUUACAGAAUGCUUUAAAAGACCAAGGCUGCAUACACAAUCUCCUGUUUGUAGCAAAAAAAAAAAAUGUUUUUUUCAAUCUGAAAUCAUUCAUACUUGUCCUCAUAAUGUUUUCACUCUAGAUUGAUUCUGUAUCUUGCAUCCUGCAUCUUGCAUCUGUACACCGCUAAUAAACUAGCAAGCAUAACACUGGAAGUAAAAACUUACGAUUAAUCUUCAUUUUUCAUUUUUCUGCAUACAAUUUGUGGAUCAUAUUGUUUUCUCUUCUUAGACUGCACUACAGUAGGGAGCUGUUGAGUUGAGGAGAAAUGAGAAAAGCAACAGAUUACCCCUGUAUCAGCUGGUUUUGCAUGCAAAUGUAGAUAUUCCCUAGCUAGAAAAACAUUUCCCUGAACUUUGAAGGCAUGUUUGAUAAGGCCUACUUACAGUAUUAAAUGUUACAUAACUUUGACUUAGAUUUGCAUAGAGAGUCAAGUCUUUUAUUGUCUUGGACAGAAUCUAAUUGGAUGUACUGUAUAAAUAAAGAACCCAUCCUAUUUUUUGGCAUCUAAGAUUUAUUUCUAUUUUUUUGCACAUCUACCAUAAGGAACAGCUAAAACAUCACAAAUUAGGGAGUAAGCAUUUGGGUUCACUAGAACUCUGUCUUCAGGCUUAAAUGUUCAAUAAAGACAAGAAAAGGGAAAAUGUGUGUCAUGGGCAUAUGUCAUGAAACAUAUUUUUUCUCUUCUCUUCUCAAUCUUUGGCUGGUUGACCUUACUGAAUAUCCACCUUGAAGAAGAGUUCUGAGUAAUUCAAAAGCUCACUCAUUACAUUAUUGCAGUAAUUUAAGAACUAACAGUAGGUAUCCAACGUAAUGCUUACAGUGGAUUUUUUGGGAAGAGAAGCAAACCAAGACCACCUAAAUAUCUAUAUCUCCUCUGAUCAUACCCCUGAUUACUUAAAUGUAUUUUAAAAUUGUGUUCCUGGAAAAGUGCUUAUAAUGUUUGGCUCUGUUUUCUGCUGCCUUAAGAAAGGAAACAAUCUCAUUGAUAGAGUUUAUAAGCAAUUUUCUUCCAAUGAGAAUUUUUAUUGGGAUAGUCUUUGAUAUAGGUUGACACUAGUUCUCAACAAAUCAAAUUAUAUAUACAGUGGUGCCCCGCAAGACGAAUGCCUCGCAAGACGGAAAACCCGCUAGACGAAAGGGUUUUCCGUUUUGGAGGUGCUUCGCAAAACGAAUUUCCUAUGUGCUUGCUUCGCAAGACGAAAAUGUCUUGCGAGUUCCUGCGGGUUUUUUUUCCUUUUCCCCCUCUUUUUCCCAAGCCGCUAAACCGCUUAUCAGCUGAUCCUUAAGCCGCUUAUCAGCUGAUCCUUAAGCCGCUUAACAGCUGAUCGCUAAGCCGCUUAUCAGCUGAUCCACUAAGCCGCUAAUACUGUAGCGCUAAUCCGCUAAACUGCUAAUGGGCUUGCUUCGCAAGACGAAAAAACCCGCAAGACGAAGAGACUCGCGGAACGGAUUCUUUUCGUCUUGUGAGGCACCACUGUACAAGGUGGUGGUUGCUGCCCCUGUGGUGCCAGGAUUAAGCAAUGAAAAUGAUUCAGUAUAAACUGCAUCCUAUUUAAUGGUGUUGUAAUGAAAACCCAUUAGGCUGCAAUCUUAUACCCAUUUUACCUGGAAGUAAAGCCCACUGUACUUACUUUUGAGUGCAUGUGUAUAGUUUUGCACUUUGAAUCUAUAUUUAGCUUAUCUAUAUUUGACUUAUAUUUAACUUAAACGUUGGAUCAAUUUUAUGGGUAUAUUAAAUGGCUAGAGUUGCUAAGUGUUUGCCCAAGAUGAGAAACCUUUUUAAUACACUGGACUUUGGGUAAUGCUGAAGCUGCUGUACCUCCACCAGUCUUCUUCCACAUACCCCAGCUGUGGUGCAAAAUUAGUUGUCCUCGCCAAGGUUGGUUGGAGAAGAACAGGGUGGAGGCACAGAGGUUACAGAUUUCCUCUGUGCAUCAGAGCAUAUAAAAGCUCAGCCAUUGUCUUAACGCAAGAAUUGGCAAACCUGCUGGUCAGAGUUUUGUUUACAAUGAAGUUGCUAGGCAUCUGACCUGGUUCUGGCCAAAUAGGCAUAGCCAGAGCCUGGGAGUGAUGUACAUCUGGAACAUGCAUCCAGGUAUCCCUGUUGGCCUAAGAAGCUUUUAAAGGGAUCUGGGCUUAACAUAUCACUUGUUCUGAAUGAUUCUUGUUCAGUGGGCUUCUUUUGUGGUCCAGUUAUCCUAUAGUCCACUUCUUUUGCCAGAACCUGCUGGUGUAUUAACCUUGGUUGUGUAUUAACCUGAAUUCCCCUGGUACCUUCUUGGGCACCGUAGCUAGGGAGACACCUGAAGUCUGGUUGAGAGAAGGUGCCCACAAUCCAGUUGGCCAUUGGCUGCUUGUUUAUUUUUGCUGUGGCAAUUUUGGGUAGCUCUUGAACCACUUUCUGGCUUGACACUUCCAAUACCUGCACUCACCUAUGGCUGGUAUGUGAAGACCCUGGUAAAGCCCUCCCAAAGGUAACCCACCACUUGGCAGUCUGGGAACAAAAACAGAAGCAAGUGCAAGGCAGCAGGGUGUACUGGAGAGAGGGCAAGGGAGCAUAGGACCUGAGGUUUGGGUGGGUGAUUACUCCCUCUCUCCCACACCAGUGGAAGGGGCAGGGUGCAAAUAUCCUUCCUUGGUCCCCCAAGGACCAUAGCCCCAGGGUCCUCAAAAGAAGCUGUGGGGGGCAUGAGUACAGGUGCAAGUGGGUUGAGAGUGGAGAGCGAGGCAAAGUUCACACGCGUGCAUGACCUUACAUUGAGGUCUUUGGCAGGCCUCCUGAUUAGACUUUCAGCAAGCAUGGCGUAAGGGGUCUCGCUUGGAAGCAGGGCUUGUUUGUUUAAAGGCCCUCUGACCUCUCCCUGAUAUGGGGUCCACCAGCUUGAACCAGAAAACACUGUUACGUAGAUUCCACAUGGCAUGGGGAUUGCUGGAAGCCCUCUUAUGGAAGGCCUUGUCAUAGUGGAAUAGCCCACUCGGUGGAAUAACCUGAACCCUCCUCUUUUUUUCAUACCUCCAAGAUAUUUUAGGUUUCCUUUUCCCAAUUCAGGAGGCAACAACGUAAGAAGGUAAAUGUAAUAGCCAUUGGCCUCAGCCCUGACAAAUUGCUACAUGCCAAUGGUGGGUGGGACAAGAGGGAAAGGAGAUGGAGCAGCUGAUGUAUCUCUAACAUUUUACAAUAGGGUACUUUCCGCCCACGCAAAAGUUAGAGGACAUCUCUCUGCUCUCCAUCCAGGCAAACAAGAGGCGUUAUCACAGUUCAAGAACACGUUCCAGCCAGGCAAAAGCACUAUCAGAUUGCGCAGAGCAGAGCUGGGGAGGAAGCAUUAGCUUUGGAGAGGGUAUGGCCUGGCUGAUUCUUCAGAAUAGAAAAGGCAUAAGGACUUCCCUGCUUCAGGUUGGAGUGGGGCCAGGAGGAACCGCACAUCAUAAGGGGUGGGGUCAAAUGCACAGCACCACAGCAUGUUUAUUUAGUUAUUUAUUGCCCAUUCACGCAAGCAAGAUAUGAAGGGGUGUUUUAUCCUCACUUGAGUGUCUUCUCUCCAUUGCUUUGCAUUUUUGUAGCAAGUAAUAAGGCUUCUAACCAGGAAGUAAAGUCACUGUUAUUGCUGGCAUGGGGACAGCAUUACAAUAAAAAGGAAGUUAUUGAUUUCCACUGAAAGCCAAACAAAUAUUAUAGAAGUGAAGUACUUUACUGCUGAACUUAAUGCAGGAGUAAGCUGCUUGAAAAGGCAGGUGUGAACACAUCCAUUUGUGUCCUUCAAUUGCUAAUAUAUUAUUAGCUAUACUCUGUUCAGCAACCGGAGGAAGAAGUAAGAAAGCGGAAAGGGUGUGGGAACUGAGUAUUUUCAUGACAUCAGUACUGUGCCCAUCCGUACUGAACAUUUCAGAAAGAUAACAUCAUUUUUUUAAAUAGUCUGUCCAAUAAAAAGAAUCAGACUGUUUGUUUUAUAAAAGGAAAUCACAUCCUCUACAGUGCCACGAGGUAGUCUCUCUGAAGUCAGCACUUAAGUCAUAAACUAUAUUUACUUUAAAAAUCAUUAUGGGCUAGUUUAUGUGGAAAUAGAUUAACCAUGGGCGGGUUAAAUUACUCAUUUGUGCCUAUGGGCAGCUGACAAUAGUGAUUUUCCUUAGGCAAAAAUCUCCCUAAGUAUUAUUCUCAAAUAUAUUUUUUGUGUAUCUGGUCUGCCCGCUGCACUAUUCAAUAACAAUAAAGCAGCCUCCCUUCACCCUAAUUUCAGCCUUCCUGUGUUUAUGCAGGGGUGUGUGUGUGUGUGUGUGUGUGUGUGUGUGCGCGCGCGCGCUGGGGGAGAAAAUAUAUAGUCAACUGAGUGGGGGGAGCAUAUCCAUCCAUAUUUUUUUUAGCUUUUUACAUUUUUAUUCCAUUUUUCCUUUAAAAACAUUAUAUAUAGGAUUAGAUUUGGGAGCGUGGGGAAACUCCCUGAGUUUAUAAUGGUGUCAACAAAUUACUCAUUAAUCCCAUAAGAUGCUAGACUUAAUUUCAUAAUGCACAGAACAAUUCCUUUCACCAUGAAAUUUCAGCAUUCUAAAAAAGGUGAAGGAUUUAGAAAGAUGAAAAGCUACUUUCAUCUUAUUUGAAAUACUUUUGUAGCAAUUACCACAACAACACAAUGAAAUGGUUCUGCUUUGAGGGAACUAAAAUGUUACGCUCCAGGAAAGAGCAGAAUAUCUGAAGAAUUCUUUUGAUUAUACAAAAUCUGGAUGUCCCAACAGACCUUCAGGAUGAUAAUUCAUUUAUUGCUCAUUACUUUAUCCCACCCUUUUUAUUUUAUUUAUUUAUUUAAUUUCUAUACUGCUUUAUAUUUUUAAGAAAAAUCUCAAAGCAGUUUAUAGCAUAUUAAAUCAAGAUCCUUCUUCCAAGAUGCUAAUAUAUGGUUAUCUUACAUUAUCUGUAGGUUAGGCUGUGAAAGAGUGACUUAAGUGGGCAGUGCUAUGGCAAGGUCUGCCGGGAUAAGCACCUUAGGAUGCAACUGAUACCUGGCUCAGCCAGCAUUGAGGCCCCCAUGUUGGUUCAGCAGAUGAUUCACUGGUGUAACUUGUUCAUCUGGCUGCGCUGAAGCCAGUGUAAGUCCCCCCAAAAGGGGUAUUCUGAGGCAGGACCAGAGAGUGGGGACUUAGGCUGCUUACCUUGUUCAGCUCAGUCAUGUGACCUGGCAACUUGGCAUAGGCACUAUUUUCAAAGCUUGUUUUCCGUCUACAAGGCUUAUAAGCAAAGCAACAGCAGCCCCACUGCUAAAUGAGAUUUGGACCUGGUGUAAUGUUACAUUGCCUUACCCAAAGGAAGUGAAUGAGCUUCAUGCUGAAUGUUUGAAGCCUGGUAUCCCAGGGGAAGUCUUAACAUUGGUCCAUUAGGCUACACAACAAAGAGGACUUACUUGCUACUCAAUGUAAACUGAUAAUAAUAAGUUUUAUUUCAUUAAGUGCUUUUGAUCUCAGGGUUAAAAGAUAACUAAGUUUUACUCAGACCCAUUUAACUAAGUUAAUCAUGUUCAUCAUUUUUGGAGUAGGAAUAGUAUUAAAUACAACCCAGUGACAAUACUUAUUUACUGUUUCAUGCCACAGAGCGAACAAGAACUGCGCAUUUAAUAUAUAUAGAGAGAGAGUGCCAAAGGUUUGGUAAGCAGCUGAAGGUAUCAGCCUUAGAAAAAUGAAUGGGUAGAACAGUUUAAGCAGCACCUACGACAUAAAUGUAGACUGGUAAUUUUUUUCUAGAGAUAUUUAUACUCUUUAUUUUUUCUUCAUGUUGCUUUACAAAACUUAUCCCCCAUUUCCUCAUAUUGUGAAAGACAUGAAUAUAUGCAAAGCAGAGAGUGGGUGAGGCUGUAAGACAAAAAAAAAAAAUACCCUGCUUUCAUACCUUGCCUUGCUUUGGAUGAUGCAACAGUUCUUCAGAAAGGGAGUAACAACAAUUAUUUUGGCAGGAUUGCCAAGAAUGUGGUUGUCAUGCCAGUCCCUAUGUCAAGGAAUUGAAUUUGACCUCAUCAGUUAUACUGCUUUCUAUCCUAAGUAGGCAAAUCCAACUAAUCAGAUUACUCCUUAUCUGUUAGCUAACAUAAAUGCAUAAGAAAGAUAAACACAUGAGAAGAACAAUGUUGGAUUUGUACUUCCUGCUUUUCUCCCACUGUCAUAGCAAAAUUCUGACCAGUUUCUGAGACAUCACUAAUGAGAAGCUAUGUACUAGAAAAUGAAAUCUUACAACAAAAGGCUAAGAAGGGUACUAAAAGUGGUAUACAGAGUGUGGAAAGAGGGAAUAAAGAAUCUUCUGUUAUACAUACAGGGAUUGGCAAGAAACUUGAGAUAGACAAACAGAAGUACACCAAUGGUGGGUCCAACAGUCAAGAAGGUGGUUUCUGCAUGUGCUUCAGAGGGAAGUGGGGGGCGGACGGGACACAUCAACCUCAUCAACCAUCUAGAAGGAAAACUCAGUUCCUAAACCUCCACUGCCUUAUGAAAUAUAUUUAGGAGAAGAAAAGGUUAAAGAGUAAACACUACAGAAAUAUGUAGUCUAAGACAGUUGGAGGGUGCCUUGUACGCCGCCUUCUGACAACUCCUGCAGCCAAGUUGAUACAAAACACUGCUCUGCUUUCCUUUAGACCAUUAUCAGCAUGACCAAGAUGGGGGUCUUAUUGUCUAGGCAGCACAGGACCUCUUGAGACAGAUGGAUGUCAGAUUGUGUGCAUAUGUUUGCAGGGGUAGUGCUUGUGGAUGGAUAGUGGCAGUCAGAAUUGCCCAAUCCUCUUCUAAGCCAAACUAAUGAAGAGAACAGGAGAAUUACAAAAACUUUACAUACUUGCUUCAUUGAAACCAUAGCAGUAGCCGGGCCGUACCAGGCCUGGGUGGGCCCUGUAGGGCGACUCUGUCUGGAAAUGAUACCAGAGUGCAAUACUGUGGGGUUCACUUAGGUCCUAUCUGCACUAUAAAUUUAAAGUAGGAUGCCUUCAUCUGCCCCAGAUGCAAGAAAACAUGUCUCUACUGCAUCAUACUCUACUCCAGCAUAGGCAGGCGGUGCAGCCUUCCAGCACUUUGACUUCACCCCUAAGGGCACACUCCUCCAUUGUCACCUUAGGCAGAUGGAUGCCAACAAAUAACACUUUAAACAGUCAUGGGAUGUGUAGUUGGGAAGGGCGUUGAGAGGGGGCUCUUAUUUCCCUCCGAGUGCUAAUUUCCAGGGUUUCUUGGGAAGUGGGAUUUAUUGUUAAACUACUCUGAGAAUUACAGUUUAUGUGGGAAUGAAUUCGGGUCCCUCGAGGUCCCCCGGUCCCAACACCAGGAGCAGCUGGACACGCCCCAGCUUGGGCUGCCAUGCGCGGAGCCCGUUAUCUCUUCCCCUCAGGGGUCAGAGAGCAGACUCAUCACGCGGCUGUUAUCCGAAAGUUAGUUUCCCCUCAGUUAUGGUUUCGCCCACAUUUUCCACCCGCCAAUCCCGAGCGCGCUCUUGCCCGCAACCUCUAACCAGCACGCGCGCGGCGGCCUUGGAGCGUUAGCUAAUAUCGGGAACCGAUAACGGCGGAGGCGGUUCCUCGUGCGGCUCCACCCUCUCCGCCUUCCUCUCGGCAGAGCCUCUGAGGCGACGCUGCUGCUCACGCCCCUUGGCCGGAAAAGCGCACCGCCGCCUCUCCCUUCCCGUCGAGUCGUUUCCUGGGCCCGCUCCGUCGCUUUGCUUUUCAGCUGCGGAGGGAGCUGCGGCGGCGCUUUCUCUUUCUCUGACUCCGGGCUCUCUCUGUCGUGCGAUGGCGCCUCUUCCUGGCUUCCCUCGCGGGGGGCGGUUUCCAUCAGCGCUGCCGCUGCUGCUGCUGUUUUCCUCGCUGUCCAGAGUUCAAGGUGAGGCGGGGGGGGGGGGGGGCUUCGGUUCUUCUCUCAAAUGGGAGGCGCCCCGCCUCCCUCCAGAGACGGAUCAUGUCCGAGGGCGAAGCAAGGCUUUUUCGGGGAUGGCGAAGGCAAUUCCCGCGUCCAGGGCAGGAGGGAACUAGGAGCCUGUCUGUGUUUACCUGAAGCUUGCUCUCUUACCCACGUGUUUGUUCUUAUUCUGCUCCACCUUCUGCUGGUACAGCACUUCAGAUAUUUGGAAACAGCCGCCACGUCUCCCCUUAAAUCUUUCUUUUUUUCAGGCCUUACUUCAUAAGACCUUUAACUAUACUGGAUGCCUUACUCUUGACAUGCUGCUGGGGCAUAUAAAUAAUGUGUUGCAAUUCUGGACAAGCCCAGAGCUUCCCUGACCUUGCUGUGGGUCCUUUUUGCUUUCUUCUUCCUUUAUCUUGUACUGUUUUCAAGAGUCAAAAGCUAAUAACAGGGAGCCUCCUUGACUAAUGAUGUCAGUACUAAGAUAGGCAGCCAGGCAGUGCUAGACACAGAGCCACAUAAGAUCACUGCAUGCAGGGGAGGGCUCUUAAAAAAGCGACAGCCUGCCUACCUGAUGCAAGAGCUUGUGUCAUAAAUGAGCAUCCAUGGUAUUCACAACAUACCUUGAUUUGAACACUGCAGCAUGCUCUAUAAGCACAUUGGACAUGUGCUGGACAGGCCUGGCAUUUGAAUACUAUGUGUUUGUUUCCUUUUGCUGUCUCUUUGAAUACAAUUUUUAUAGCAUGGACUUGAAGUAGUUGUGAGACAGCUACCUAACAUUCCAAAUGGCAUUGGCAGUUACUACAAAACAUGUAAAUUUAUUUGGUGCAUUAUAUGUCACUAAAUUUUAAGGAUGUCAUUCUCUUGUUGCUUCCAAAACUUCCUAAGCAGGAAUAGCCAAGUAUGAAGUGCUGAGGGUAAAUAUGUUUUUUGUACAUCGCCUCACUUCCAAUAAGAGGAUUGUGCAUUAAUUCUUGAAAAGCUGAAGGCCAUACUUUGGCAAUAAUAUAUGUAUUUUAGGGUCAACCAAAAGGUCACAGGCAAGGUUUCAAAUGAACUAGGAUUUUGUUGGGGAUUUGUCAUGAUUGCAUCACAGGAUUGGAGGAAGAAAACAUAGAUGUAAGAAUUUGCAAAAUUAACUAAUGUUUUCAUCUACUCAAGAUCCUUCAAAAAAACCCAAUGCUGCAAUAGUUAAUUGCUUACAGCUCUAGUAAUUUUUUUGUGAAGAAAAUAGUUCUUAAUGUAUGAUGAAAUACGUUUCUUUCUUUGUUAAAGCAUUUCAGCUAGCUACUGCCUUUUUGAAAAGCAUGUAAUUCUUUGGCAACCUGACACUAGACUCACAAGCAGUGUGUGCAAUGGGAUAUAAAACAUGCUUCAGUGGAUAGUCCCCUUCAUCUUUCAGGAUUUUGGCCCAGUACAGUAAGGCUGCAGUCCUAUCCUCACUUAUCUUCAAGCAAGCCCCACUGAAGUCAGUAGGGCUUACUUCCAGGUAGCUAUGGUUAUGAUUGCUCUGUAAGUCUUUCUGUUGCCAGUCUUGUUCCAAGAAUGCUCUGUAAAUGAAAUCCAGGAAUCUAUUAGGACUUGGCUCCCAUUAGAUCCCAUUAGAGGAAAAUGUCAUAGACAUUUCUUUAUGAAUCAUCCAGUGUUCAAUGCUACAAUGAACCUUGACUUCACUCCAUAGCUUCUAAGCUUCCUAUCGAUUUUUAUUUCCAGGUGAUUGCACCCAUCUAAAUGUACCUAAUGCAAGUUUAUGGAGGGGUGAUCCAAAAGACAGUUAUCCUAUUGGGACUGUUUUGCAGUACCGUUGCAUUCCAGGUUAUGAGGCUAUUCCUGGAGAGACUCUUUCUGUUACGUGUCUUGCCACUUCAAGAUGGUCAACAGAAAAUCCAAAGUUUUGUCAAGGUGAGUUUCACUUCCUUUGCAGAAUAUGUAAAACUAUCGAACAGCCACCUUAGAUCAGAGCAGUGGAUUAGAGGAGAUCCAGACACUUCAAAAAGUUAGGAAAUAAUACAGAAGGGUUUUCUAUUGUAGUAUGUUGAGGGCUUAAAUUGGGAAACUAGAAUAUUCUAAGUAUUAUUCCUCCCAGUGGUGGACUUAGGUGGUGGAUGCCCUUGGGACUGUAGUCACAGCGGUGCUUCUAAGAAACAAGAACAAAGAAAUAGCAUCCUGGGAGGAACCCCAAAGUUUGCAGAAGUACCAAAUAACAACUUUUAAGAAACCAAAGAGGCAAAAAUAGCCUGAUGAAGACGGAACAUGAACUAUAAUAAUAAUAGUAAUAAUAAUAAUAAUAAUAAUAAUAAUAAUUAAAUAAAUAAAUUUUAUUUAUACCCCGCCCUCCCCAGCCAGAGCCGAGCUCAGGGCAGCUAACACCAAUAAAAUCACAGUAAAAACAUAAUAGGGGGAAAAGAGAGGGGGGGGGAGAAAAGAAAAAAACCCCAAUUUAAAAUACAGGUUAAAAUGCAAUUUAAAAUGCAGCGUCAUUUUAAAGUAGCUGAUAAGGUGUUUAUCAGGUGGUUGGCUAACAGCCGGGGGCGGGAACUGAAUGGAGAGGAUGAAUUUGUUUGGUGGAGAAAGGGCCUGACUGGCUGUCUACCAACCUUCUCUUGGAAGGUGACAGAAUAUCACAGCAUUUUGUUGUAGCUGGUCCCAUUUGUUCUUUCUAAUGCUGUUUCUUUCUAGUCCUUUGCACUGUUGGCCAUUAUAUAUUUUGAUUCCAAAGUUCCAUGCACAGAAAAGUAUUUCCUUGUGUUUAAACUGAACCUGUGUUAUGUUAAGCAUGAUGUGUCCUUCCUAGUUCUAGAAUUAGAUGUAAUGGUAGGCUCCUGUUCUCUAUUCACUGCCACAUUCUGCAUUCAAAUGCAUUUUUCUUGCAUAUCUCUGAAGUAUUCCCUUUUAAAUUUAACAAUGAUUACACAUAGAUGAGGGUUCUGCUUCAAGCAAUCCAAAUAUAUAAAAGAUUAGAUUGACCCAAAAAAGGCUUAAAACUGGCCUUGAGAUGUCAACAUGUUUGAUAUACUGUUCCGAUUGUUAAGCCAUAUUAAAUAACUUUUACUAGCUAUAACAUCUUAUUUUCCAAAGCUUUGUUCAUGUGACAAAUUCUGUUCAAAUUUAUAAGGUUACUCAAUUAACAUACAAUUUAACCAGUAGGAAUUUAUUGCUCCUUGUUAUGUUCUGGACAACCUCUCACUCUCCAGUACCUCAUAUCUGUUGCUCAUUUCCUUCUCUAUCUGAUCUUAAGUCCCUGUCUUGCCCACCUAACACACCUUAAUUGGAUUUUUGAGGAGGCUGUGUCAUGUAUUUAUAGUAUAUGACUGUGACGUAAAGCUCAGAAAGACCAGUGUGGUGAUGCAGUGCUGCAAAAUUCCACCAGGGUGGUGUAGCUUGUAGGGUGCUGGACUGGAGACUCUCUCUGAUUGGCUGCAGGUGCAGCUUGCCUGAGGGAGGGGGAGUCAGCACUUUGGGAGGGAAAAGGAAAGGCAGUUGAGAGUUGAUGUUCCUUGUGUUCCGCUGCAUAGGAGCAUAACUCCUGAGCUGUGUGAGAGAGAUCUGUUCUGAGGAUCAUAUCUGUAGCCAGAGAAGGAAGUCUCUGAGCUUAGUUUGAAAGAUAGUGAUUAGUGCCUUUUUUAGGAGUAUACAGACAAGAGAAAAACUGGGAAAUUGAAUAGGGGACAGGAGAAAGAGUUUUUAGGGAACGCUCUACUUGGGUCUCCAUUCAGUAAGAAGCCUCAGGAAUGUGAUUUAUAAAAAGUUGGGAAACCAUGUCGAAGAACCCAAGUAUUAAGACCUAAGCUGUAACAUCUAUACAAUUAAGUUUAAGGAACUGAAGUGAAAUAACUGAAAAGAAGCUGUGUGUGUGCCACCUUAUAUGGAAGCCUAUAACAUCCACUAAAUUUAAUAUAAAUAUAAAUAGUCUGUUUCUUGAAAGAUUUCUGUCUCCUUACACAUCCUUUGUUUUACCAGUUUUGUUCUGUAAAAUAAAACCUUUUUUCCUAUUUAAUUUCUCCAAGUACCAGAGUUUUCCUCAUAAAAGCAAAAAAUUAACCAGUAGUUAAUAGUUGGUUCACCUCAGUGACACAGCCCAAAGCUGUGAUAGACAUCGGCAGCAAACCAGACUUGUGGGAAUGCCUGGCCUAUAAGGGACUUAUAUCUGGCUAAUUAGCACCCAUUUCCAGGCCAGGAGAUUCAGCAGCAGAGUGGUUGUCAAAACAUCUAAGAAUGAUGGUAAAACCGAUAUACCUCUUGGCGCUGUCCUAGUGAGUCUUUGUUUUAUUGUGUUUUUAUAUUAAAUAUAUAGUAAGCUUCCGCGGACAACAAUUAGCUGUAAAUAAAUAGUGAAUAGAAAUUGUAUUAGGCAGCUGCUACAGCAACCUCUUUCCUAAGACGUUUAAACUAGACCUGAAGGUUGAACUAGCUUCUUUAGCUGGAUGCUUUAGCUGAGAUUCCUGCAUUGCAGGAGGUUCGACUAGAUGACCCUUGGAGUCCCUUCCAACUCUACAAUUCUAUGAGUCUUACGAUCAUGAUGGUGAGAGGUGUCAGCAGUGACAGCUGUUUUCCUGAAGCGGGUGGGAAGGAUCUUGUGUAUUUAGCAUUUUGGAGGUCCUCAACCUAAAAUAAUGACUAGAUGCUGCCCCAGCCUGAUUUUUCCCCCACCAUGGCUCGAGAUGUAAAAUUUCUGAAAAGUUGAAGGAAUUGGGGGGGAGGUGACAUUCUAGGCAUGAGGUGGACCGACUGGAAAAUAUGCACAAUAUUUUCUUAUUGGAUCUGACUUCAUUAUUUUAAGAAUAUAAGUGCACAAUAGCCUAGCAGGCACACAAAACUACUGUACUUAAAAGUACUGUACUUAACUGCCCUGUCAUAUUCGUAUGAAGGCUGGUAGAUCAAUUUAAUUACUUAAUUAAAGUAUAACUGUUAAAUUUAUUUGAACAAAAUACCUUAGUUUUAACCAGUUGAGAUAAACACAAGGGUGUGAAAGCAGUAUUACAACUUUGUAGUAAAAAAAAGAGAAUUUUUAAUUAUUUCAGCUGUCUUCUUUUUUGAUACUAGACAGUGUCAGCACUAACAAAACUUAGAACAUCUAUUUGCCAGAGGUGACAAAAGGAUAAGUGUACAAUAAGGGAAGAAAUGAUCUUUCAGCUGCUUUCAACCCAUGACGGAGAAAAGAAAGAACCCUAAAGGCCGGAUGCAGCCAACAGAUGACCUCAUUAUGAAAAACCAAUAAAACUGGAUACCUGUUAGAGAAGAUAGUAUUUUCAAGAGCGUUUCCAGACUGUCUCUAUUUUGCAGGUGGGAUCCAAUCUAAUACCCACAAAUUCAGACAGCACAGUGUAUUUGGUGCCUUUGUGCAGCAAACCUGCUGCUUUUAAAAAAUAGGCUUCUUGCAGUAAAGUGUGUGACAGGGAAAUGCACUGAAGAUUGUGGUAUAACAGUUUUUUGACACAAUGUUGUAUAACCUCUCUACACACAAAAAAAGCAUGAAUGCUCUAACAGGUCAUCUGGAAAUGACCUUGAUUCCUGUAGUGUUGUUGGCAUCCAUCUGUCUCAAGAGAUGUGAGCAGCACCCAAAUGACCUCCUAGGGAUGCAAGCUUGGAUGGUGUGUAAGGAUGUGCUGGGCAGCCCAGACCACAAGACUCCCACUUUUGGCCUCAUUUUUUUGUAAUUUAUUUUUUAUUAAAUUUCCCAUCCCCCCCCCAAUUACAUUAUAACAUAUAUCAACCUCAACCUCCUUUUUCUAGUUUAUUUUCAAUAUCAAAUCCUGCUUAUUUCCUUUCCAUUCAUUUUUUUAUAUUUAAUCUUAUAAUUUAUAUAAAUUUUGUUAUUUGUAAAUGUUUACUCAAAACCUGCUAAUGAGUCCAAUUCUUUGAAUUGUUUCUGUAGAUAAACCGAAAAUGGUUCCCAAUCUUUAAAGGAUUUUUUUGUCCUUAUUUCUUAGUCUGUCAGUUUUGCCAUUUCGGCAUAUUCUGUAAGUCUUUCUUGCCAUUCUUCUUUCGUUGGUAUUUUAUUGCUUUUCCAUAUUUGUGCCAAUAACAUCCUUGACGCAGUUGUAGCAUACAUAAAAAGUCUAUGUUUCCCCUUUGGCAAAUCUUGACCUAAAAUUCCUAGCAAAAAGGCUUCUGGGGUUUCAACAAAAGUUACCUUAAACAUUUUUUUAUUUCAUUAUACUGUAUAUCAUUUCCCAAUAAUUUUUAACUAUUUUACAGUUCCACCAUAAAUGAUUAAAUGUGCCUUCCUUCUCUUUACACUUCCAACACUUAUUGGAGCUUGGUCUAUACAUUUCUGCCAUUUUCAUUGGUGUAAUAUACCAACGGUACAUCAUUUUAAUAUAAUUCUCUUUUAAUAAUAUACAGUCAGUAAAUUUCAAAUUUACUCUCUAUAAUUUCUCCUAUUUCUCUAAUUGUAUCUUGUGUCCACUUAAUCAUUGUGGAUUUCACCUCCUAAUCUUUGGUCUCCCAUUCUAAUAAAAUACUAUACAUCUUUUUUUAAUAGUUUAAAAUUUUCAUCUACAAUUUCUUUCUGGAAUCUAGAUACUGUAUAUCAAAAACUUUUCUUGUUAUCUUCUUUAAAUAUCUCAUUUAAUUUUUGAUAUUGCAACCAAUCUUGAACAUGUUCUCUUAUUUCAUCAAAAUCUUUAAGUUUCAAUUUUCCUUCUUUCUCCUCUAACAACUCCUAUAUGUAGGCCAGACUUUUCCCUCUAUUUAUUUUUUUGCCUAUUAUUUCUAUUGGCCCACUUUUGGCCUCGUUAAUGUGGUCCAAAGGAAAGUGGAGCAAUUUGUUUGGCAUCAGCUUGGCUGCAGGAGGCUUACAAGGUGCCAUCCAACUGUCUUAGGGACUCUGCUCUAUAUAGGGUUUACUCCUUAACCUUUUCUUCUCCUAAAGAUAUCCUGCAAUGCAGCGGAGGUUUAGGAUCAGAGCUUUCCUUCUCCUAGAUGGGCUACCUUCCAAGGUUGAGGAGCCCCAUCUGUCCCUAAUCUGUCUAUAGGAUACCCUUUUUUAAAAAAAAAUUAAUGAAUCAAGGUUGCAUGUGCUAAUGCUUGUUCUGAUUUUUCUUUUAGGAAGGCUAUGUCCUGCUAUAACUCUUGAGAAUGGCAGAAUAAUAAAAGCAACAGACCUGCGACUAGGUGAUGAAAUAACUCUAGGCUGUAAUGAGGGGUGAGUUUUAAGCCAACGUUUGUAACACCUUGCUUUGUUUAAAACUCCUGGGAGGAGUUGGUGACAGACACAUAUUAACUGCUACCAUAUUAAGCAUUACUGUACUCUUAAAAAUCUGCUCUAUCUUAUAAUUAUAAUCAUGGGUGUCCACAGAGAGGGUAUGGAGGGGAGUAAAUGCUCCAAAUAAAUUAAUAAAGAGGGAACAGAUCUACUGUUUCUGGUUGAUUUUACUACCUAAGCAGUGGCAAUUUGUAUUCAGAUUUUUCAUUUUGUUUCCAGGCAGCCCUCUGUUUAUGCACAUUCAAUAUGGGAGCAACUGUGUAUAUGCACAUUGCGCCAAACCUGGAAGUGACCUGCAAAAACAUCAUAAAGAUGUCACUGAAACAUCAUGGGGUGGAGCAGGGUGUUUGCAGGUUUUUUCCAAUGGGUUUUAAUUAAACAUGAUUUAACCAGCAUGCACAGUGCUUUGGAACGUAACCCCGGUUAAACAGGGCUGCCCAUAAUUCUCAUUUGGCAGAACAGCUGUCUUUCUAUGGUUGGACGGCAUCUGAAUGUCUUUCCAAUCACUACUGAAAUCCUCAAUUCUUUCCCUGUUUCCAUUUGCUCCUUGCAGCCCUUAAGUGAUUGCACUGCUGCUACAAGCCACUUCACAGCUCAUUUCACAGAAAAACAAUAUGCCAGAAUAGCACCAUUACCAUUAGAUAAUAAUAAUAAUAAUAAUAAUAAUAAUAAUAAUAAAUUUAUUAUUAGACUACACUUCAGGGUUGUCAUGUAUUACUUUAACUUCUCCCUUUCUCCAGCAAAAUAGCAAAAUAGAAUAUUUAGAUAUAAGAAUAUCGUUCCAAUUUUUAGUAUAUGUGCUGCCGAUCCUGAAUGUGAUCUGUAAACUUUAUACAAAACAUCUAUGCCUAAAAUUAUGGGAAUGGUUAGAUCAUAAUAACUUGCUAGAAAUUGAACAAGCAGGGUUUACAUCCGGACGUUCCACCAUUGAUCACUGCUUAGUGUUAGAUUACUUUGUCUAUAAGUAUGCGAAAUAUUGGAAAAAGUCAUUAUAUGCGGCCUUUGUGGACUUAAAGGCAGCAUUUGAUUCUGUAUCCAGGAGCAGGCUCUGGGCCAAAUUGGCCAAUAUGGGUAUUAACAGAAGGUUAUUACUUCUGAUGAUUAAGCUUCAUGAGAACAAUACCCUCCAGAUAAGACUUGCACAGGACGGCAGACUCUCUAGAGAAAUCCUAGUUCAAAGAGGAGUUAGACAAGGAUGCCUAUUAGCCCCAUUCCUAUUUAAUAUCUAUGUUAACUCCCUGGUUACAUGCUGUCGUGAAAUUGAAACCCACCCCCCUGUGUUCUCUAAUGGCAGAAAAGUACCAAUUUUAAUGUAUGCGGAUGACGCUGUUCUUCUCUCUCAAACCAAAGUGGGUCUGAAACGUGCCUUAGGAAAGUUUAGUGACCAAUGUAACACUGAACUGUUAACAAUUAACUUUGCCAAAACCAAAAUUGUACAUUUUAACCGCUCCUCUAGGAAGGAUAAUUGGAGCGUAAAGGGAACGCCAUUGAACAGACUAAGACCUUCCAAUACUUAGGCAUUACUUUCUCUUAUAAUGCCAAAUUCUCAACACACUUGACCACAUCAGCUAUAUCAGCAGAAAGAAGUGCAAAUGCUAUCCUUAGAUUAUUCAGAAGGAAAGGAGCUGGCUUCCUCCCGAUGGCCCUAACAGUCUUUCAGGCAAAAUCUUUAGCCCAACUUCUAUAUGGCUCUCAAAUUAGCCCCUCUGCCAACCUUAAGACCCUUGAAACAGUACAAUCUAAAUUCUUAAGAUCAUUAUUUGCUACUCCUAAGUGCACACCUAAUGCAGUCUUAAGGCAAGAGGCAGGACUGCCCAGAGUGGAAUUAAAAGUCUGGGAACAAGCAAUAUCCCUCUGGCUGAAAAUCCAUUACAAUCCUAAGGGUCUAUUACCUUGCUUCCUGGCCGCAGUUCCCUAUCCUCCUUGGCUUAUGCAAAUAACUAACAAGAUCAAACAAAUUGGCCUAAACCCUGAAAAUAUUUUUAUUGGAACUCUGAACAAGGCAAAAGCUACUAUCACUCGGAGACUUUAUGAUAUCGAAUUACAACAAGAAGGCGCCCUACUCCCAGAGACGUAUAGAUGUUUAAAAGCUUGGCCUAAUUUUGCAGCUGCCCCUUACUUAACUAACAUCACUAACGAAACCUAUAGAUGGGCUUUCUCUAGAGCCCGCUUUGAGACAAUGCCCUCAGCAGUGCUGUACGGCAAAUUCACGCGAGUUCCAAUGCAUGCGCGUCUCUGCCCUUGUAUGUCUAAUAAGGUAGAAUCUGUCACACACAUUCUUCUAUCUUGCGAAUUCUAUAGUGAAGAACGAGUUCAACUUAUUUUACUGCUUCUAUCAAAAUUUAUACCCCUUCAAUAUUAUUUGGAAUCCUCCCUGAAAUUCUUCGAAAAUACCUCCUGGAAGACUCCUCAAGCUUAGUAUCAUAUGAGGUGGCUAAAUUUUGCACUUUAGUAAUUAAGAAGCGUAAAUCUCUUCUGUUGAAUGGCACACUGUGAAGUUCUCUUGUGUAACCUUUUUUCUUUUCUGAAGUUGUUGCUGAUUUUUUGUUGUCUGAUCUUAUGGUGUCUAGUGUUACUGGCUUUGGCCGCAAUAAACUUGAACUUGAUAUAAGAAUAUGUUGCAGGGCUUGUUUAACCCACACUUGCAGUCACAGUCCUGCCCCUUGCAAUAUGGUAAAAUAAUGAUGGGUUUUACAGAUAGUUGUGUUGGUAAUGUGAUUUUUUUUAAUGGUAAUCAAAGGUGGGGACUCGCAUAGUUUUAAUGAAAUACUACAUGUUUAAAAGAUAAUGAAUUCCUGCCUUUACUGCUCCCCUUUGUUUUUAAGGUGACAUUCCACUCCCCAUCAUAGCGCAGUGCAAAACCCUCAUUAGAUACCUGAAUUGCAUUUCAAGUAGUCCAUAUUGACCUGAGGAAGUGCACUAUAAUCAAAUUAGAAAGCCCAGGCUCUCUUAUGAAAGCACUACAGCCUAUCAUCCAAGCUAUCAAGGUUUUUAUGUUGGUAUGACUUUAUCUGGGCACUCUUUUUAAAAAAAGAAAUAAUUCUGUAUUGUAAAGUGAAGUGAAUUGCUAGGUUGUUUCAACUUAGACUGACAGCAACCAGAGACAAGAUUUUUCAGUUGCAGUACCCCAUCUAUGGAAUCCUCUCUUCAGGAAACUUCUCCUGACCAUAUUUUUGUAACAUUUCAGCAACAACAGAGACUUUUUACUUGGACUUAUUACUUGAACAGAUUUUAAUACUACUGCUGUUAAUAUUCGUACUGCUGUGUUGUUUCUUUCUGCUUUUGUACUGGUGGUGGUUGGUUCCAUUAUUUUCUUUUUGUGUCAACUAGCAGAAUUGUGACACUGUAGGGGAGAGUAUAGUCUAAAGGUAUAUGUACUGGCUAAGAUAUAUCCUCUAUCUGCACACAUACACCCUUUGCACUAAAAUAUAAGGUUUCUCUUUCCCUUUAGGUACAGAAUAAUAGGCCAAAAGACUCUUCGAUGUUCCCUUAUAGACAGCAAAGUUGUUUGGAAUAGAGAUCUUCCACUUUGCCAACGUAAGAUGAUUUGUUAAUUCUAGCUUAUUAAGGUUAAUCUCAAUGUGUUAUAGUGUGGCUCUGUUUAUUGCAAGUGUGCAAGUGUCCUCAACCAAUAUGUAAACUCAGGAUACUUUCUGAUCUUGUUCCAGAUACUCACCAUAAUUGUUGUUUCCAACCAGCUGGCUGUAUUUCUAGCUUUCCCCAGAGCAGGAAAUUUGUGCAAUGAAAUAACAUGUGUUAGUUGACAAAAUCACAUGUUACUGGGAAUUCAUGAAAUUGGUAUUAGAGGAGAGAGGAGUUAGACACAUAAGAUAUUAGAGCAGGGAACCUCUGCCAUUCCUUGCAAAUGGGUAUGUUUAAUCAAGAACCCUACACAGCCUGUUCAUUAAGCAACUUUUCAGUGUUCCUAGAAACAGAAAGGAUUUGUCCCUCUCAAUCUACUAUUUAAGUUUUAGUGGAAGUAAUGGAAGCAACUUUGCUUCAUUAUCAUUAUUCAGAGAGGAUCUGAGGGAAUAAAGCAGUGUAUAUAGAACAUCCACACAUUGGUGAAAGGGGUUAGUUUGAGGACCUCCAGAAGAUCCUCUUCUCUGUGGUGAUCUUGUAUAGGGAGGUAGAGAACCAUCCCUGGAGGAAAAGUGGGAUAAAAAUAUAAUAAUAAUAAUAAUAAUAAUAAUAAUAAUAAUAAUAAUAAUUUAUUAUUUAUUAUUUAUACCCCGCCCAUCUGGCUGAGUUUCCCCAGCCACUCUGGGCGGCUCCCAAUCAAGUAUUAAAAACAAUACAGCGUUAAAUAUUAAAAACUUCCCUGAACAGGGCUGCUUUAAGCAGAUUAAAGAAGUAAAAAAUUAUUAGACUUUAACAUAUUCCAUUUUUUUAAACCUAUUUUUCUUGGGUUCACCUUUUUGCUUGGGUGUUUAAAACUUAACAAUGGCCUGUGAGGAGUCUGAAUUUGCGUCAUUCACUGGUUGCCCCAUAUCAUUUUGGGGGACCUAUCUUCUUCUGGAGUUAGUAUUCCACAUGUGUGUGGAUUGAGGAGGAAUUGGCCGGAUUAUGUACCUUGAUUACUGGAAGCCUCCUGAAACAUCAUUUAACUUUUCAGCUGAAACAGUUCCUUCUUGGCAACUUUGCAUAGCUUUCAAGUGGCUUUGCCGAGUAGGAAUGUUCUCUCCUCCUUCCAGUGGUUUUCAGGGGUUCAGGCUUUGUUAUUUCUCUGUGUUCAGCUGUGAAGACAGCCUUGUCUCCAUUGACAUACACGGGGAGAAAUAAAGGCUGUACCCCUGGUAAUAGUGAGGAAGUUGAGGAUAGUGGAAUCCCUAUACAAGGGGCCACAAGGACCAUCCUGGGGAGCGGGGGUUCCCGCUCAACUGUUUUCAGAGGACAGCUUUUAUUCCCUGGUUUUACUGCCUCCAUAAAUUUCUAUGAAGAAAAUAAAGCCCACUGUAAAAAUAAAAACUGGGAGGAAGUUUUCUCCAUCCAGGAACUUUGGGGCAACAGAGUUCUUGGUUGUGGGUUGGCUUUCUUCUUCUUCUUCUUCUUCUUCUUCUUCUUCUUCUUCUUCUUCUUCUUCUUCUUUUGUGUGUACUAUUUAUCCCCGCCCCCUUUCAACAGCUUUCUUGAUAACUCUUUUUUCUAUAGCAGUCCCUGCUCUGAAGUUGCCAUGGGGGCUUUGGUAGCUUCCCAGUUUGCUUUGGAGGUGGUGGAAAUAGCUUCACAACAGCCCACUGUUUCAAUGUUUGGCUGUCAUCCAAAAUGGAUGCACAUGCCUAUAAUAAGUAUCAAAUGAUUACUUUAUAAAAUGAUACAUCUUUUCAGUGAAAAUAAAUUUAGUCCAAAUAUCCCCCCUAAUAGGGAUGCUCUUGCAAUUGUAGUCUAACUGAACUGUUAAUGUUGCUUCUGCUUCCCAGGAAUCCCCUGUUUCCCCCCUCCUGACAUUGCCAAUGGCGAACACACUGGCAGAGGUUUCCUUGAGUUUGACCAUGGCACAGCAAUAACGUAUACCUGUAACCCUACUUUCUCCCUUAUUGGAAGCCCAACCAUUACGUGUUCAACUGCUGCAGAUGGUAUAAAUGGAGAGUGGCGUCCAGCUGCACCUGAAUGUAAAGGUGAUGGAAAUUUAUGCUUAGUAGCUUCCUUGUGAUACGUUAAUGUAAAUAAAGUUCUUGCUAGAAUGAGCUAUAUUUGUAAGCUGCUGCUGCUAUUCAGCCUCUGAGGUUUUCAGUGGGAUUGAGAUGCAAUAGCAUUGCCCCCUCAAUGAGUAGCUUGUUUUAACCUGAGUCAUUUUGAGGGAAGCUUAUGGCCUGAUCCAGUCAAGGAUAGCCACUAUUAAGUCACAUUGAAAACAAAGAAACUUAGAUUUAGUUGUGAGUAAUUUAUUCCAUUGAGGGACGCGGGUGGUGCUGUGGGUUAAACCACAGAGUCUAGGGCUUGCUGAUCAGAAGGUCGGCAGUUCGAAUCCCCACGACGGGGUGAGCUCCCGUUGCUCGGUCCCUGCUCCUGCCCACCUAGCAGUUCGAAAGCACAUCAAAGUGCAAGUAGAUAAAUAGGUACCGCUCUGGCGGGAAGGUAAACGGCGUUUCUGUUCACUGCUCUGGUUCGCCAGAAGUGGCUUAGUCAUGCUGGCCACAUGACCCGGAAGCUGAACUCCGGCUCCCUCGGCCAAUAAAGCAAGAUGAGCGCCGCAACCCCAGAGUCGGUCACUACUGGACCUAAUGGUCAGGGGUCCCUUUACCUUUACCUAAUUUCAUUCCAUUAGUUUCAUUUGGACUUAAGCAUUACUACCUUUAGCAGGAAUGGGUUGUUGUGCUCAGAGUACAAUGAAUAAUCAAAAUAAUAUAAAUUUCCUGCAAUUCUUUGCUGGGUUUUCUUCCUUUCUUUUUUUUGGCUGUCCACAUUCCAUGGGCUUUUUGUGUGUUAUCUAUACAGUGGUGCCUCGCAAGACGAAAUUAAUCCGUUCCGCGAGUCUCUUCGUCUUGCGGUUUUUUCGUCUUGCGAAGCGCGGCUUAGCGGCUAUUAGCGGUUUAGCGGCUUUAAGAAAAAGGAAACAAACUCGCAAGAACUCGCAAGACGUUUCGUCUUGCGAAUCAAGCCCAUAGGGAAAUUCGUCUUGCGGAACGACUCAAAAAAGGGAAAACUCUUUCAUCUAGCGAGUUUUUCGUCUUGCGAGGCAUUCGUCUUGCGGGGCACCACUGUACUAAACAAAAAUGCUUUGAGAAGAAAUCAGUAAUCACUAAAAUACGUAAUAACCUAAUGUUACCUCUUAGUAUAGAGGCAUAACACUAUAUGCUGCAUUUCAGCUUCAUAGAAAAUGACUUGCAUAUGUGAGUUGCUUUUUUAAGAACAAUACUCAGUAGGUAGAAAUUGUCAAGUAUACCUUGGUGAAAUCACUUCAGCAGAUGGUCUGUGAGCCAAUCAAUGAUGUAGUCACAUUGCUGAAACUAAGCAGAUUUGGGUCAGAUCUGGGUCAGUUCAGUGCCCAGAUGGAAGGAAGGCAGGUUAUAAAUGUACUAAACAAAUAAACAUACCCUUUAACAUCCAAAUCUGAGGCACUGUGUAACCUGGUCCAAAGUUACAGAGGGCUUUAAAUAGUUCUUAGCAAUCUCUAGAAAGCCGUCCUUGAAGUGUGACCCAGACUAUUUUAUGGAAUUGUAAUAGUAUAAUUGCAGGGACAGUGUUACUGUUUUUAGAGGUUAGUCUUUUGAGUAUUUUAUCACUUUAUCUGAUAAAAUAUUUUAUUUGAUUUUAUCACUUUAAUAGUUUCUGUCUUUGAAGCAGUUUAUAGACCUGUCAAAUAAAUAAUGUAAUAUAAUGAAGAUUAUAUAUUUUUAUUCAAUCAGUUACAGUGGAACCUCUACUUACGGGCAUAAUCCGUUCCGGAGGUCUAUCCACUGGUCGAAACGGUACGCUAGAAGAAGCGUAUUGUGCGCAUGCGCAUUUGGCGGUAGCACGCUUCUGCGCAUGCGCAGACGGCAGCAGCCACUUCUGUGCACACGCAGGUGGCAGAAGCCGCUUCCGUGCAUGCGCAAAUCGCGGCAAAUCCGGUGUGUACUUCCGGGUUUGCCGCGGAUGCAACUUGGAACGUCUAUGAGACGAAAGGUAUGUAAGUCAAGGUUCCACUGUAGUUGUUUAAAUCCACAAUAAGUGGAAUCCUCUUUUGUGUCCACUUUCAAUUUGGAAUAUGCAGAUUCUGUUAAAAAAAAUUUUUUUUGCCAAAUUUGGGUGGUUCUUGGUGGUUUGCAAGUAUAAAGUCCCUGCUGCUUCUUUGGUGGAGACAUUGGCCUGGUUUGCAUAGAAGCCACUGUUUAACAAGUCAUAAGUAAAGUGCGAAUUAUCUCACAGAUAAUAAUGCAAACCAUUGCUUGCUUUUCCAGUUUGCUUUCUUUUCCAGUCUCUCUUCCAUUGUGUCUUUGCAGUUUGGUGAGUGUCUGAGAUGGGGUGGCCAAACAAACCACAGUUAAGAAAAGGGUGCUGCACCCACAUGUAAUGCCUAUCCACAGUUAAAACAAACUGGAGUUUAAACACAAACAACUUCAGACUGUGGUUUGCUGGCAGUAAAUGAACCAUAGUUAAAUCAUUGUGCAUGGUUUAAUAACCCAUACGUUAAUUAACAAGUAUCUUUUAAAAUGCUGCUCAUCUCUUUUCAGUUGUCAGCUGCCGUAGACCCUCUAUUGAGAAUGGAGGAUUGACAACUACAUUUCGACCUACAUAUGAAUAUAAUAAUAUUAUAAUGUAUGUUUGUGAACGUGGAUACACUCUGGUGGGCAGCGACAGUAGUAAAUGUGGGGCUGACAACGUAUGGCAUCCUCCUCCUCCAAAAUGUCUCAAGGGUAAGUAUCACAAGGGCUCCUUGGGUGGAAAAGCGGGGUAUUGUGUUGCACUUUAAUGCAGAACAUCCAUAUUUCUUUGCCUCCUCUCUUUUCUUGCAGGUAUUUUCACCACUGCUGUUCCAGGUCAUGGAAAUACAACUUCUAACACAGGUGAAUUAGAAAAAAUGGGACUUCAAUCUCUCAAUUUUCAGUUUGUUUGUUUUUUAUCUUGGGUCAACUGCUUCAGCUGCAAAGUGAAGUAAGCCAUCCCGCAUGAUCAAAUCAGGAGUUCAAAAAUUUCCAAAGCAUUUAUAUUUUAUGUUUUACUUGAACAAUAUUUAAUUAUUAAAAUCUUUGUAAGUGGUUUACCAUAAAUAUACAUUAACUGGGGCUGUGCCCUUAUUUGUGUAGCUCGCCAGCCCUGUGUGCCUAUCUUUCAGACACUACCUAUCUCCCGCAUGCUCCCAGCUCCUUACAUUCUGCAGUGGCAUCUGGUGAGGCAGUAUGGGUGGGGCUUUGUUGCUUUCCUGACUUCUCAGGUCACAGCCACUUGUCAAGAUCAGGUAGAGUGAGGCGCAGGUGUCUGGUGGACCUGUUUGGAGCUUGUUUCUCCAGUAAGCAGCAACCAGCCCGUGGUAUUGAGAAGUGGCUUUCCCCUUGCACUACCCACUCCACAUUCUUGGGUGACCGACUCACUCACUGUGUGCUAGCUUGGGCUGCCUGCUACCAAUGGGCAGAAGGUCAAAAUCCAGAAGCAUUUUCUCUCCUUCACCCUCCCCAUGUUAGCCCAGAGAAGAAAGCCUGUAGUUUUGAAAUACAGGUUUCCUUCUCUCCAGAGUGGUAGCAAUGUGGACCUAACAGCGGCAACUUCCUGGGCAGCUUGCUUGCUUUGCUCACUCCACCAGCCUGUUCAGACAUUUCUUUCCGCCCACUGCUAGUGAUGAGGGUAGUAAUGGUCACGUGCUCCGCUCGCUUGAGGCUUUCCUCAUCCUGUUUAAACUUGACUGCUCAUGUGCACUUGGUCACCAGCCCAACAAUGUACAAGUACAAAUAAAGUGUUAUAGAGAAGGUACAGAUAAAAUCAGAUGUUAGAAACAAAUCGGCCUAUGAAAAAUUCAAAAUACAAAUAAGAUCAGCAGUUUAAAAAAUAUGCAUGUUAACUUUCUAAAGCUUAUUCCACAGACAAUAUCACGAGAAAAACCUGUUUGUGUGAAUCUCAUUAAUGGCACCCCAUACAUAAUUUUCUGACUAUUAAUUUUGAAGAAGGCAUAAAUGCAUUAGUAGUCAGCACCUGAGAGUGAAAGUGAAAACUUGAAACUGGUAAACAAUUUCUUUUUACUCUUAUGGAAUUAUAUUUAUUAUAGAAAUUAUGUACUGCUCCUCAAGAGAAAUUUAUAGGUCUGUUCGUGUGUUUGGUCAUAGUGUCUUGAGCUCAAAGUACAUAGAUGCAGAGGGAGAUAGAAAUGCCUGUACAAUUUAAAUCAUUGCUCCACCUAUGUGGUUUGGUGUGCUCUGAGUAGCAACAGCUUUUCAAAGGCUUUUUUGGAGUAAAUACUUUUCUCAGUCCUGAUACACAGUGUCCUUUAGUUAGGAGGCUAUGAUGGGCCUUAAAAACAGACCAAACUGAAGGCUUUGAUGCUGUAGGUUCUCAGUAAUAUGUAGGCUGCCUAGUAGACAUUAAAGUUAAAAGCUUGCAGGCAGAAAUUUGAUUUUAAAAUAAUAAAAUUGAGAACGAGUAUAUGGCAGGUCCCCUACAAUAUCAAGUUGUUGGUCUCCAGAUGAUGUUGGACUCAUAAGUCAUAUCUUUUAUCAUGCUACUGCUGACAGAAGUUGAAGGGCCGCAUUUUCUACAUUCUUGCUGUAAACUAGCAGUGUAAAACCUCCAGCCCAGGGGCCUAAUUAGGACUGCUAGGCCUCUCCAUUGGGUUACAAGACGCUGUUGGCCAAGCCACACUCUCCUGCCCUACACUUCAUCAUAUAUGAUGUGAAGGGUGGGGCAAGUAAAGAUGCAGCUGGGCCAAAAAAGGGUUUGCAGCUUUGGAGGUUAACAUGCUUCAGGACAAGCUUCUGCUGUUGGGCACCUGCAUAGCAUCGCUUGUGGCUUUUUGCAAGCCCUGAGAAUCAGUUGAUCAGCGGUCCUUGCAGAGAGCAGCGUGCAUUGCUUUAAAGCCCCAAUGAUUAGCAAGUUUGACUACCUUUCACACUUGGCCUUUGAGGGGGAUAAGGAUCUGGCCCACUGAUUGGAUCCAGUUUCCCACAUCUGAUGUACGUAAAUGAAUCCUUGUGAACUGUGCUGGCUUCAUUAGUGGUGGUAGCAAUCUGGAAAUUUCUCCCUUUCAUCCCCCCCCCCUCCUUCUGCAUGUCAGUGGCUGCUGCCUGGGAUGCUUGCUUGCUCCACUCCUCUUACUCCGCUGGACUGCUCAAAUGUUUCUCUCCUUCAUUCUUUCACCCCCACCCACACACUGCUAGUAGUGGUUGCAACAGCAAGAGUUGCUUCCUUUGCUUACUUAAAAUUUGAUGUUAAAAACAAGCCAGCUUUUAAAAAAAUCAAAUUAUGAAGUAGCAUCAGCAGUUUUAAAAUAUAUAUACAUUUUAACUUCCUAAAGCUGAUUCCAAAGACUGAGACCAUUGAGGAGCUGGUGUCCUGAGACCAUAUGGCACCCCAUAUGGAUUUUUCUGACUCCUGAUUUUGAAAGGGCAUAAAUGGAGAGCUGUCAGUACUUGAAUGUUGAUAUCAGUCUCUUUACACAGCUGGUCCAGGAACGGGGGGAGGAGGAGGAGCAGGAGGAGGAGGAGGUAACACCUUGGACCCUGGAAUUGGUAAACGUUUGCUUUUCACUGUUAUUGGUGGGUACAUUUUAAAAAGUGGGGAGUGAGCAAGAAUUGAGCUUAUGGAUAGAACCAGAGUGGAGGAAAUGGACUCUUGAAAAUAUUUACUGCUGAUAAGUCAGCAGAGAGAGGAUUAAUUUUAUCAGAAGAAUAUCAUGAGGAGACUUGGGUACAUGGUAGUGCAGUAGUCGUUUUGAAACACUGGAAUUGCACACCAUAAGGAGAACCUGCAACAGAAUGUUGUGGUUUGUGGCCUUCCUUCUGAAAAGACUGCAUGUUCAGAAUUUAGCAAGCUAUUUCCCUUAAUCAGUGCAUUCCAUUUCCCUUGUCCUGUCCCAUGUUAUGUUUUUCUUUUCCAGCAGUCACUCUAUUCAACAGCUACUUGGCUCCCUCAGUUCUCAUUAGUCUAUUUUGAAGGGUUUCCUCUUUAGGUUUUGUUUCUCCAAGCAUGCCAAUAUCUCUGUUGUUUCACAGUGGAUGUUCUGACUGCAGUUACAGUCCACACUCAAUAAUCUGAGUUUGCUUUUAAGAGUGAUUAAGGCAAACAGGAUGGUAGGAGUUCAGUGAUAGUGCUAGGCAAAGCUGAAAUGAAAAAAUGUCAUUGGGAAAGCUAAUGUACAGGAAAUUGUGAGAAUAUGUCUUGUGGAAGAAGUGGAAACAUUUGUUCUAUUUUAUCAUUAAAUGUAAAUUUUAUAAAGAGAACAAUUGUUCCUUAGGCUUUUAAUGCUUCUUAGGAGCUCAGAUGCCUUCUGACUGCUUAGUCAAAUGUAAUCCAACUCCCAAGUUCACUACUUCUUAAAAAUGCUGAAUUUUCCUUUGGACAGCUUCAACAGCAGACAAUCACUCAGGAUUUUUUGGGGGUAAAUGCUUUGAGUUUUUUCUUCCGUUUAGUUCUUUGUGGGGCCUUUUGCUGGUUUGCAUGCUAGAAGGUCCCUUAGGAAUGCCUGGCUUUAUGUGAAUUGUGUAAUUUAUGGAAUGUUUUUUCGGUGCAUCAAGGCAUUUCUUUUAUUGUGUAGGAAAUUCUGGCAAAGCUUUCCAGUUUCCUUUGCUUUUCUUUAAAAUUUUCUAUACUGCUUUUCAUGAAUUCCAAAGCCAGUCCCUCUUUUGCAUAGGAUCUAAACUCUCUCUUUUGCAUAGGAUCUACACACAGUCCAGAGACAAAGCCGCCCAAAGAUGACACAGGUAAAACUGAAAGGUGGUGGUGGUAGUGACAGCAAAUUAAUCAGCUUGUUUUUAGAUUAGCUAUUGCGCUUCUAUUGCAGGGUGUGGCAGCUUUUCUAACACAAGAAAUUCUGAGCUGAGAAUGGGAACAUUCCAUUUGAGAAGGCAAGGUGAUGUAGGGGAGGAUUUCUAGUCUUGUGAAUUAUUCCAGGAAUGUUUCUUACUCAGUCCUUACUAAUCAGCUUGUUAGGCGGUGGCAGAAUGAGGAAGGAAGGAUUCUGCAUGUUAGACUCCAGUGACACAUCUCUGUAUAAUCUCUGGGGCCUUGGUGUCUCUUCCUUGUAGUUCUGAAGGUGAGGGGAAAGCUCAUAUUUGCUGCUUAGUAUCUGGAGACACUGUUUGGCAAACAAGUACCCAUAAGAACAUAGGAAGUUGCCUUCUACACAGACAGUUGGUCCAUCUAACUCAGUAAUGUCAACACUGCCUGGUAGUUCUCCAGGUUUUCAGACACAGGACAUUCUGAGCUCUGCCUAGAGAUGCUGGGCAUCGAACCUAGAACCUUCUGCAUGCAGGACAGGUGUACUACCAUUUAACUGUGGCCCUUGCCCUUUAGAUUUCUCUCCUUAGUAUAAUGUGGAAAGGAUUAAGCUGGUAAAAAUAGUUUGUUUUCUGAAACUGAGUAUUUCUCUUGAUACUUGCAUAUAAUCCUCAACUGAAUAUAUCACCAUGGUUGGCUUGUUGUCCCAUGAAUUCCCAGUGCAGUUCUGGAAUUAAGUUUGACUUUGAUUAAAUCCAUUAUAAUUGUUCUCUUCAGUUCUAUAACUCACUGUAGCUAGGCAUGAUGAUGGCUGCACUCCAAAAGCCCAAGCAAUGUGUUUCCUAGGUUUUGUGUGCUGUCCUGGUACAAGUGAUUCAUGGGCUGUGCCAGUGGGCUUCUUCUCAUUAUCAAGAAGAGGAUUUCUGAGAAGGCUGUAGCAUAUUAAAAAAAACCCUGAAAUAAGAGAAUGUUGUCUUUUAGACAAAUGUUGACAAACAAUAACAAUGGUGUUUCAACAAGCCCUGUGCUUGUUAAAGCAGAGACAGUCUCAAAUGUGGUUUUGGACAAGCCCAGGGACUUAAAUACCUAUGCUAAGGCCCUCUGACUGGGGAUUUAUGCCAUCCAAUAUAUGCCCAGCCAUAAGGCUUUCUAAAAUGGUCAUUAGGUCAAUGGGCAGGGCAUAUCUUCAGUUUAGUUUUUGCCUCAGGGUAUGAGGGUGGCCUAGGGACGCGGGUGGCGCUGUGGGUUAAACCACAGAGCCUAGGACUUGCCGAUCAGAAGGUCGGCGGUUCAAAUCCCCGUGACGGGGUGAGCUCCUGUUGCUCGGUCCCUGCUCCUGCCAACCUAGCAGUUCAAAAGCACGUCAAAGUGCAAGUAGAUAAAUAGGUACCGCUCCAGUGGAAAGGUAAACAGCAUUUCCGUGUGCUGCUCUGGUUCGCCAGAAGCAGCUUAGUCAUGCUGGCCACAUGACCGGAUGUAUGCCAGCUCCCUCGGCCAAUAAAGCGAGAUGAGUGCCGCAACCCCAGAAUCGGUCAUGACUGGACCUAAUAGUCAGGGGUCCCUUUACCUUUACUUUAUGAGGGUGGCCUGAAUAUUUGGGGAGCGGGUUCAUAUUACCCCAUUGUCAUGGUCACACCAUUUUCAUAUGACCUACUAUCAGAGAGUGAUGGAACCUGGAGCUUUUUCCUGAAUGCUCUGGGGCAUUUUGUAGCUGACAGUUCCACCGAAAGCUGACAGUUCCACCGAAGCCAUGGUCUCCCAAUAGAAUGGUGAGAUGAAAUGGGUGGUGAACAUGCUCACCCCCAAAUUUCCUCGUCGUGGAACCAGGGUGGCUCCUUGGUAGUCUGGGGAACUUUGGGCUAUGGAACAAGGUUGAUGAAGACUAGAGCACAAGUGGUGCAAUUCUUGCUCCAAAGCUAACCAAACACUGCUUAAUGGUUGCAGUUACAGAGUCCAGAGAGAAGCAUUGGAAGUGUGUUUUUGGGCUUCCUGGCACUUACGCUACAGGGUGCCACAGGAACAUAUUUCGUCCAUAAUGCUAUUCAGUAUCUAUAUGAAGCUGCUGGGAGUGGUCAUUAGGGGUUGGAGCAGGCAAGGUGCCAGCACUAUACUCAUGACGCUCACCUCUGUUUCUCUAUAACAUCUGAAUCAGUACUUUUAUGCAGUAGUGGGAUGGGUGGGGGAUAAUAAACAUAUGUUGAAUCCUGUCAAGAUUCAGUACUGUGAGUGAGUUGUUCCUUUGUCUGAGAAACUGAUCAGUUGCCUGCCCUUGAUGGGGUAGCAUUCUCCCUGAAGGAGCAGGUAUGCAAUCAGCAGGUGCUUCUGGAUCCAGCUUUGUCACUGGAGGGCCGGGUAGCUUCAGAUGUGCUUUUUAUCAGCUGUACUUGGUAUGGCAGUUAGUUCAGAGUGCUGCAGCAUGGUUGCUGACAGAAGUGACACUCUCAUCUCUGCUCAGAAAUCCUAUUUGCUUCCCUAACUUAACCCUUAUAUGCCUACUCAAACUCUUUAAUCUGUGGAACUGACACUGUUACAGGUGCCACAUAAUAUUCAUUCCACACCUAUAAUAAAUCUUUUAACAUGACAGCACCUAUACUUUGGAACUCCCUGCCUAUUAACAUCAGUCGCUAUACACCCUUUGGGGUCUACUUAAAACACUUUUGUUUAAGCAAGAUUAAUUUGGCAUGUUACCUAUUUUUAACUGCCUUUUAUUGAUAAUUUUAAUGUUGUUUUUUGGUAAACCACUUAAAGGUUUUAUUACCACCAAAAUAGUAUAUAAUAGUAUAUAAUAGUAUAUAUAUGUUGUGUAUAAAUUUAUGUAUAUAACUACAUAACUGUCUUGUGGCCUAAACUGCUAGUCUCCUCCCCUGCACUGGGGAGGACCCAUUAAGCUGGUCUGCCACCCAGGACUUUUCAGUGAGAACCCCAUUUCUUGGUUUUCAGCUGGAUCAAUUGGAUUUCUUAUUAAUUAUAAUUAUUUAUCAGCUAGAUAAAUGCUUCUAAUUAGUAAUUAGAACAUUCAGUCUUCCAUUGUCUACUGGAGCAGAUUAUCUUCAGUUAUUAGUUGAACCUUUAAUAAUACUUUAAUGUACUAUAUUUUAUUCAGAGUGUGCGACAGAUGCAAAUGCAGUGAGAGAGAGCUAGAAUCUGUCACCCUCACAUAACAUCUAACUUUUUUCUUCUUCCAUUUUAGCAACUAACCACUCCCCAGGAGUUAUUAUUGGUAAGUAAUUACAGAAUGAGGUACAAUCCCUCAUUGUACCAAAUCCUGGAGUUCAGCAACCAUUGUACUUUAUUGCCUGGUGGAAAUGUGUGUGUUCCUUCCUUUUUUUCUCCAGUUUGUGGUUUAAAUGUUGAAGACUCCUACUUGAAUAAAAAAAUUGAUUCUUUUGCGAGAAUUCUUAGGGUGCAGACAAAUAUACUUUCUUCCAGGUUCUAGUGUAUUUUUAUUUAUUUAUUUCCUCCACUACCUUUGCUCCUGUAAUGAACAUAGCUGGCUUCAAAUCCAGCACAGAUUUCCUCUAUGUUGUGGCUUUUAAUGUUCCAGCUUCUGGGCAUGCUUUAAAAAUUUUUCAAGAGAAAAGGUGUUUUGAGCUGGACACAUUGCUUGGGUUGAGGAGUCGCUCUCUGAUUGUCAUUAGGGCCGUUCAGUUUGCACAGCUAACAUCUGCUAGGAACAGGAAGAACUUGUUCCUAAAACCAAUCUCUGAGGAAGACUGCAUAUCUGCCCGAAAAGGGGUGAGUGCAGAUGUACAGUGGACUUGCUGCUCAAGGUAUGUAUGUGUCUAGAGACUUGCUGUGUCCUGUAACACUUGAACUCAUCCACAUGAGUGGCUUCAAUGUCCAUUGAGCAUUACAAGGUAGCAGCUUGUCUGGUGACUUGUUCAUACUAUUUCAUGGGCUAAUUAAAGUUGUUUAAAUCUUAUGUAGUUUAAUAAGCCACAUUUCUAGGAUUCCUGGCUUCACUACGAAGUCUGAUAUUGGAUUCAAAGUACAAAUAGUGGAAACAAAUGGAAGCGGUCAAACACUGAAAGCACAGCUUUUUAUGUUAGUUCUUCAUGUACAAAACAAACUGACAGGUUUUUCUCAUUGAUUUUAAUAGUUUGUCUAUCUUUUGUUAAGUCUGCAGUAGGAUUUGGGUCCUGUUUGGGGGUUGUUGUCUCAAACCUAUUUUGAAGCUACUGAUGUGAUUACAUUUCAGUCUUUAUUUAGGACUGGGGCAGUUUUUUCUUGAACAGAAAAAAACUAUUACUUUGCCUUGUUAAUCAUUACUACAGUAUAUCACUGGAUUUCUUCUUCUUCCCCUCAAGGAUCUGUGGUGGCUGUUAUAUUGGGGAUUUGUCUUAUUGCUGCAGGUUGGAAAUACAGAUCUUGCUUUAUAAAGGGGUGAGUCAGCUCAGGAGAAGCCAUAUCUAAUUCUUUGUAGCUUCGUUUGUGGCGGUGUGAGCUAAUAUACGCUUCUUGGCUUCACUUUGCCUUCUAUUCACUUACACUUUCCGUAUAAAUGUGCUUGGUGUUCAGAAAGGGCUUUAGUAUUAUUAUUUAUUUAUUUAUUUAUUUAUUUAUUUAUUUAUUUAUUUGGUGAACAGUUGCACUAAUAUGGCAGCACAGAAUAAACAGUAACAACUAAAACACAAUAAUUUUUCUAGAACGGCUAGUCAGUAUUUUAUCCCAUUUCCACCAUUGGUGUUCUGAAGUGACAGAAAUGCUCUGUCUCAAUUUACCGAAGCUGUCCAUCCUAAUGCAGACUUGACAAUGAAUAUUCUGGCACUAAAAAUCCUGCAAUCUACUAUUAAAUUAAGUCAUCAAACACUCUGCUCUAAUCUACAGAUGUUGGAACCGUCAAGGGUACUUGCUGUUUGUGAUUUUUACUUUCAGACACAGUAAGAAAAUGGAUUUGUUGAACAAUCCCGCCUGAAGCCAGUAGAUUUUUUCUGGAGGAAUCUAGGCCGGUCCUGUAAUCUAAGCCAACAAUUUGCAGCAAUAAUUUAUUCUGAACAUUUAUCUUGCAUGACCUUUCUAUUUUUGUGUCCAGGACUGUCCAUUUUUGUUGUAGCAUUGUAUACAUGAUUUUACUAUUUUAAUAUGAUGCAUGUAUGUAUGCAGACAGGUUCGCUUAAAUUUGUGAACACUAAUUAAGGUAUUUCUGUAGAUUAAUACAAUAAUUAUUUAUUAGUUUUGAAUAUUCAUUGCAAUAAUUUCUGUAACAGAUUGUUCACAUGUCUUUUAAGUCUUUAAGAUAUUCUGAGAUUCAGUUUUGAUACUAGAGAAUACUGAUUUUUUUGUCAAAGGCAAGAGAUCUUUUGGAUUCAGAGGCAGUAACAAUACCAGUGGAGAGAAGUUCGGUGAUUUUAUUAAGUGACAGGCUAAAUACAAAAUACUAAUCAGUGAAAAAGACUUUCAGCAGAGUAAUAUAACAUAAGCAAGACCAGAUAUUUCCCCAUUCAUUUGUCCGGAGCCCCAGGGAGAGACCCUUUCUGGCCAACAUGCAGGACCCAGCUGGUCUGGGCCUAUGUCAAAUCUCAAAACUUAUGUUUGCAUCUGGGAGAUUUAUGUACUCUAAAUUCUUCAUAGCUGUGUACUUAUUGGCAUAAUGUCCAAAGCCCUCAAACCUGCUUUGGAAGUUGUUAUUUAGAAGGCGUGAGGGAUACGAUAAGCAAAUGGACAAGGCCAGCAUAAUUAACCUUGGGGUCCUGCUGUAGCUAUAAUACUUUUGGCAGGCGCUUGACCUUCAGACAGUGACUCCUGCCCCAUUCUGCAGACACCUAACCUUGGAAUAGUCAAAGCAAUAAAGCAAACAAUGCAGGCAUGAAGGAAUGAUUGUACCAACCAACCUACCUCCUCAAAAUACAUCUUCCAGUGUGGGUUUCCCCAACACUGAUAUAACCUCAUACUCAUGAUUAUGGGAAAUAUAAAUAUAAUUUAUUGUUGGGACUGCCAACUAAUUGCACCUUAAUGUGCAUACCAGUAGAAGGCCUAGGUGUGUAGUUCUGCACAAAUACUUGUUAAGGAAUUGCGGGGGGGACCCAUGGCGUUGUGUUGCAAUGGGUCUUAGUUUGAUUUUUGAGCAACUCAAAAAUCAUAUUAUAUUUACUUUGAGAAUGUUUAAACCCAUUAAUGGCAUCUUACCUGCUUGAAGCUGUUCAUGUUUAUAGUUUUCUAUUGAAUAUUGAGCAUCUCUGCCUCAUUUUAAAUGUAUUGUAAAGUACAAUAUUCUCAAGCCUUUCCAGUGCUAAAUAUAGUCAUCCUACUGUAUGUGCUGAAUAAGCUUCUCAAUCUUAGUCAAACAACCUAGAGAUUAUUCUUUGAAUAACAUGUUUUGUGUUUGAAGAUUCUCUUUUUAGAGCGAUCUGGUGAGUUUGUAGGAAAGCGUUUUACGUUUCUUUCUCAUGAUUGUUAAAUGUCAAACUGUGAGCAGGCAUUGAUUAAAGCACAGAAAUGGGAAGGACAUUGGAAUGACCUGCGUGGGUCAGGGACACUAUUCCGGCUCAUGGGUUCCCUUUUCCCCAACUCACCAGUCAAAUAUUUUCAGCUGCUAGCAUGUUUUGUCCUGAAGUCAAGAAUAUUUUUAUGUAGACGGUAACCUGUAUUUUAAAACAGUUAAUCGUGGUGUUAUAUGACAGCAAAGGACUCUUCUUCCACAGUGUGUAGCAAAUAGUGCACCCUGCCUGGGCACAGACACUUCUUAAACGUCAUUUAGCAAUAGCUACUCCAGCUGUGAAUUAUAACAAUAGUCACAUUUAAAUACUUGAGUGUUACAGGUGUGUGAGAAAACCACCAAUACUCUGUUUAUUGUCGCAGGGUGACUCUCUUGUGUAAAAUAAAGUGAAAAUAAAGUGGUAUGUGAGAAGGGUGGUGCAUGUACCUGGCCUCCUGGUGUAUAGUGCUGUUCCUCAUCACCAACCACUCCUAGUGGAAGCAUUUCAGUGAGAAAUUUUAUUUUGUAGGUGACAUGACAUCCACACAGUUAUUCCCAUCAACCUGUAAUCGCUUUAUGCAGAGAAGUAGACAAAAGUAAAUUCAUUCUUGUUGGUAAACAAAAGGCAGUACUCUUUGCUUACAGAAGCUCCAUUGCUGACACUUGUCCAAGUUUCCCACAUGGACAAUGGUGCCUGUGGAAUGUUGAUUCAAGGGCAGAUUCUACAAGGAAUCUGUUAGAAGUGACCAUUUUUCUAUACUGUCCUUAGGCUGUCUCUCUCUCAUAUCUGUUGUGUUUAUAUAAUCCUAAUUCUCUUUAUCUGUUUUACUUCUAAUAUCCUGCAGUUGUUAACAGUCCGUGUAUUACUUCUGCUUCUGUAGCUUCCAGAACUAAUUUUCUUUCCUAAGAAAUGUAAAAGUUACUUACAUUGCUUUCAAAAUGUCAAUAGCAUGCAGUGGAAUGCUGAUGUAUUUGUGUGUUGCUUUUUCCUUCCUGACAGGAAGACUAAACAGAAUAAUAUAGUGAUUCAAACAUAUCAAAAUCAAUCAAAAAUAUUUGUAACUUUUUUUUACAGAAAAGCUGACCCUUCUUCUUGUUCUGCUGAGUCUUACCGUGCAGUUGCCACUCACACAGAAGUGGGAUUGGAACCCAAAGCCUCCUGACUGCAGUAGAGCUGUGCUCCAGUAAGCUUCCAGCUGAUAAUUAAUUCCCAACAGUUCUUAUUUUGAGAACUGGAAAUGAGAAUUGAAUGAAGAUCUGCAUGGAAAAAGCCAAAGCAAUUUUCAUUAAAAACUGGGUAUCCAGGUUAUUCAGCUACUUGAAGCAUGAAGCAGUAUUGGGCCCCAAGAAAACUCUGAUCAUUUGCACUUAUUGUUUUUGCAUAGAACUGGGUUGCAACUUCCUUUGCAGAAUGUGUUUUAAAGUGCCUCAAUCAAAUACAGAACCAAGAAGAACUUACUACAGUUUGUUUCCUAGAAUCUUGUUCAUCACUUGAAGGGGAGGGACAAGUAAAGCUGUUAAUAUUUACCAAACAUUUGACUUCCACAAGCCUUUCUCAUGCCUUUCUCAUGAAGAAUUGUAAAAGUUGUCUUGAUUUCCUUACAUGGUCUUAAAAAGUGUGAACAAAAGUAAUACAUGCCUAAUUGAAAAUACUCGUUUUCUUUUUGAUAUAUUUUCAUAGGCAAACAAAAACUCUGUGUACUUAACCAAAAAAUCAAGGGUCAUAUUUACAACAGCUUAAUUUCAGUGGAAACAAGUAAAAUGAUUCUCCUGUUAAGAUCAAUGUGAGUGAAAAGUGCAGUGCUUCUAAUGGUUUGAACUAUAGUUUGUUACAGUCAUGAAGGUAACUUGUUUGUUAUAUGCUAUUUUAAAAUUUUAUGUUGAAUUGUGCACUUAUUUUGUUUAAAUUGAUUAACUAUGUAGUAUGUAUACAGAGAGAAAAAUUGUUUCUCUUAGAAUGUGUGCAAAUAAACUAAAAUAUUGAAUAAAAGGCACUAUCAUUGGUAGCUUUCUACUCCCAAGAGAUAAGAGGAAACUGGUGAUGCAGUGCAGCUUGUGUUGAUACGGCUAAUAGCACAUAGCUGUUUCGAAUCUGUUUCUCACCAUGCAGAGAUGUACAAUGCAGUGAAAAUAGAUGUUUGUGGCAAAAACUUCCUGGUAACUUCCUUUACAGCACCCAGACAAGCAUUCUGUGCGCACAUUUUAACUCUGCACAAAGUUAUCAUGAGAUGGUGCCUUGGCUAUAAGUAUGUGUUCUUAGCAUCUCAAAGUGGGCCAUGUGCUGUUCAGUGUUGCUCCUUUAAUUUUGAGUGUUGAAUGUGAUGGACAUGUGUUAACUGGCUGAGAUAAAAGUACAUACCUUUUUAAAAAGAUCAUUUGGUUAUGGCAGCUACAAUAAGCAAUACUAAACAUGGCCUUUCCUUGUAAUAGUGAGACUUGCAUUGUUUGUAACUAAUUUCUCCAUAUUCCCUGCUGUGGAAAAAGGCAUCUGUAUAGCGGCUUGGUUAAUAUGUGCAUUAAUUGAAAUGUAAUUGGCAGCUGACUGUAGAAAUUUAUUUUAAGUUGGCGGCUUUUUUUACGUAAAAACCCUUAGAACUCAAAGUAGCUAAAGCUUUCCAGAUAAUUUUGGACCACAACUCCCAUCAGCC